ACAGCGGAUUGGAAUCGCGGAGCGACAAAGUCGCCGGGCAAAUUAUGUGAUAUAGCCGGCUGCCCACCAGGCUAAGCAGAAAUCAAAUUAAGAAACCCCAAAACCGAAAAACACACACAAUUCUCGAAUCUUUUUUCGUGGGCCAGUGAGAAGAAUUGCGAGAGGAGUACUAAUUUUCUUGCCUAACCGCGUGAGAUAGUCUCAGGCUGGGCAUUGUGUCUCCUAAUAAAAUCCAAAAACCCGAAAGCUUCGAGUGUUAAAUAUAUACCUCAUAAAAAAAGAAGAAGCGUGUGUAUUUGCUUUUUGGCAAAUUAAAGUUGAAUUACGUGUGCCGAAAAAUAAAAGACUGAAGGCCAUUCAAGGGUUGUUCAAAGGAAAAUUCGGUGAAAAGUCACCGAGUGUGUGUGUGUGUAAGUUGCGUGAGAAAAAUCAAUUCUGCAUUUGGUGGAAAAUUAAAGGAAAGGAGAAAGGAGUGGAGUGGAGUGGAAAGGACAAACCUAAAGGCUGGUUUUUGGUCUCCGAAAAACUCGUAACCGAUGACAAUUUGGCUUGACGAGGGUCUAUUAGCGAAAUCAAUGCCAUUAUGGCUGAUAGUGGAGGACCAGGAUCCAUAGAUGCCGGCGGAGGAGGCCCAGGAGGAGGAGCAGCCGGAGCAGGCGAUGACGUGCCUCCAGUUCCAGCUGUUCGCCGGCGCCGUGCGCAUGAGCAGAAAUCCUCGAGAGAGCAAGUGGAGGAGGAGGAGAGCCAACAGCUGGAGACGUCGACGGUGACGAGGACGUACAUGAAGACCAUCACCACCUCCCUGACCACCUCGAGUAACUUAGAGGAAUUUGUCCUGGAAGAGCCUUCAGAGGCAGCUGCUCCUUCGCCCAAUCAACAGAGAUUGCGACAGAAGGUGGCCCAGUACGAAAAGGUCUGGUCGGAUGGCUCCAAUCCCGUGAAGAGGCCCGCCGAGCAGAGCUCCGAUGAGCUCCGCUUGGCAGACGACCAGGAUGAGUACGAUGCCGAGAAUCCCUUCGAGAUAGAUGUCCACGAGAUCGAGCGGCGACUGCGCCAGGAGAGGCAACGUGGCCUGGCGGAGGCGGAGGCAGCCAAAUUGGCCUUCCAGCAGGUGCAACUGAGGCACACGACUCCUCCGCGACGAGUGGAGGUCACCAGUGACCAGAUGGCGAGUCCUUUCAAUGUCACCCUUCGCACUACCAGUCGCAUGAGUCCAGGGGCCGAGCAAGGCAAUGUGGAGGAGCACCUGGCGCCGUUUAACGUGACCCUUCGCACCACCAGAAGGACCAAGAAGAAGGAGCUCAAGGAACUGGAGAGCUUCCUUGAGGGGGAGAGAACUGUUAGAGAGGUUCCCUCUGCGGAUGGCGUAAGGACUAUCAUAACCUCCUCGAUGACCAGCGAUGGCGGCUAUGCCGAGGAGAAGAUCUAUCGCCAUGGCGAGGGCUAUGUUUCCCCAAGGGACUCCCCAUCCUGGUCUCGUUCCAGUUACUCCAGCGAGCGAUCCAGUGUGACGCCGCCGAGGAGCGUGGAUCUGACCGCCGGCGGACGAAGGAUACUGAUCAAACUGGAGCAGGAAAGUGAACUAACCGAGGCGGACUACUCGAGGCAGAAGGACGAGACCGAUUCGUUUGCCAGGGAGGGAGCCAUGGCAACCGGCAACAUUGACAUUACCGUCGGCGGUAGCAACCCCCGCCGGCGUUUGUACCAGCAAACAACUGUCCAGGUGGGCGGUGGCAACCGCACUGCCACCCCCGAGGAGCUGACACCCCAAAGGCCCAGGCCGAGGGACUUAGACCUGGCCAGGAGCACCAACACGAAGACAAUGCUAACAUCCACGCCAAUUGGCACGAAGGAGCAACCGCAAACGAGUCCGAAAACUCCAGUUAGUCCAGCUGCAACGUGCCAAUUGCGCGGUUCUUCGACGGAAGAGCCCCGGAAAAUUGUAAGCCACAAAACGAUAACCAGCACAACGACCAAGUCCACCUCGUCCUCAUCCUCCUCGUCCACGUCGCGUAAAUUGAUCGAAACGUCGCCGGUUGUCGCCGGGAAUAGGAAUAUCUCAUCGCAAAUUCGUACCGGUAACAACGAUUUAGAUAUCGAUAACGAUUCGGACACCGAGGGCCGACCGGCCAGCAGUAUAGUGAUUGUGUCCACGCCCACGCGACCCACCACACCGGCAUCCCAAUCCGCGUCCGUAACCCCAUCCGCAUCCACAUCCGCAUCAGCUGCCCACGCCCUAAGCGGCAUCGGCACUUUCAGCAAGAGUCUGCGCCAGGAUUAUCAGACUCUGGCAACGCAAAGUGGCCGCAGCAACGAAUCACCCAGCGACCAGGAAUACCACGAGUUCCAGUCCACCAUGGCGUCCAUAAACUACGCCCGCAGCAAUUCCCAGUACGACAGCCAUAUCAAGGAGAAACGAGAGGAGCAAGAACGUGUGCAGAAGAAGACAUUCACUAAUUGGAUUAAUUCAUACCUAUUGAAGCGUGUUCCACCGCUUCGUAUCGAUGAUUUAAUCAAUGACUUACGCGAUGGUACGAAACUAAUUGCAUUGCUGGAAGUUCUGUCCGGAGAACGCCUGCCCGUGGAGAAAGGUCGCGUUUUGAGACGUCCACAUUUCCUCAGCAAUGCCAAUACGGCCCUGCAAUUUUUGGCCAGCAAACGGAUCAAGUUGGUUAAUAUUAAUCCCGCAGAUCUGGUGGACGGGAGACCACCAGUUGUGUUGGGUUUGAUAUGGACAAUCAUCUUGUACUUCCAGCUUCGUAAAAAGAGGCGGAAAAACUUAGUAGUAGUUAUAAAUUAUGCGCCACAGAUCGAGGAGAACAGCCGCAACCUAGAGUAUUUGGGUCAUGGUAUUGGCGGUUCGGUUAGUUCCCUCGACAGUGUUGGCAACCAGAAGCACGGCGAUCUGAAGGCUGAGAAAUGGAAGCAGGGUGCCAGGAAGACCCUGCUCAACUGGGUUACCAACGCCUUGCCAAAGGAGAGUGGUGUGGAGGUGAAGGAUUUCGGCGCCAGCUGGAGAGAUGGCGUCGCUUUCCUGGCCCUCAUCGAUGCCAUCAAGGCGAACCUGGUCAACUUGGCUGAGCUGAAGAAGGCCAGCAACCGCCAGCGUUUGGAGACUGCUUUCGAUGUGGCCGAAAGCAAACUGGGCAUUGCCAAGCUCCUGGACGCUGAGGAUGUGGACGUACCCAAGCCGGACGAGAAGAGUAUCAUGACAUAUGUGGCGCAAUUUUUGCACAAGUAUCCUGAACCUAAGGGUGCUUCCCGCGACCAAUCGCAUGUGCAGCAGGAGGCGGACGAGCUGCGUCGCUUCCUGGUGGAGAAGACCACCGAGUACGAGCCCAUGGUCAUGAUGAGCUCGUUCCCACGCGAUUUUAGUGAAUAUUUACUGGCACGUUCUGAAGUCGAUGCCCAUUUGGCGGCAUACAACCGCUUGAAACAGCUCAUCGAGAGCCAGAGCGGAUUCCUGCAGGUUUCCCGCCAAUCUUGGGAGGAGAUAAACGAGCUGUGGCAGCGCCUCCAGUACCAGAUGAUGUACUGGCUCUGGCUGCUGGACUCCGAGCUGCCCGGCGACUUUGGCACCGUUGGCAAAUGGUUAGCCGAAGCAGAGAAACUAUUGAUGGACAACGAUAUACCCAAUGCAAUGAACGAGGAGACGGCUGCUGUGAUAAGCAGGAAACUGGAGGAGCACAAGCUCUUCUUCGCCGAUCUGCCUCGCAUUUUGGCCAUGUUUGACAAUGCCAAGCGGUCACCAUUGGCCCAGCAGAUUCCCCUAGAGCAGUUGCGCAACAUGGAGCGCCGCCUUCAAGAGGUCGGACCCAAGGCAGCGGAGCGUAGGAUUCGCCUAAAGUUCCUGGAGCACAAGUGCUGUCUGAUUGCCUUCCUCAAUCUGGUGGAGAACAAGAUGCGCGGCUGGACUGGAAAGUAUGGGCAGGAGGAGAAGGUGGCCCAACAACUGGAGCAGUACAAGAACUUUGUGUCGCGCAACAAGAUCUUCCAGGAGUUCCAGAAGGCCUUUGUCGAUAUGCAACAGGUGGUGGACGAGUACAAGCGCGAUGGCAAUGUGCCGCGCAAGGAGAUCAACGACAUCGAUCGGUUUAUGUAUGAAACCGAGGAGCGUUGGAAGCGCGUCUCCAUGGAACUGAAGUGCUGUCAGAACUCCCUGGAGGAAGUGGUCAACUGCUGGCGUAGCUGGAACCAAUUGGCCCCCACUUGCGAGGAGUGGCUACUGCUGGCCGAGCAGAAGGUGAACCAGAGCGAGGAUGAACGUCUGGACUUCUUCCAGGACAUACCCGUGUGGAAGGACAAGUUUGACGCCCUAGCUAAUUCUGCCAACUAUCUGAUUGCCUCCUGUGAGGAGCCCAUUGCCCAGCAGUUGCGUCAGCGGCAUGGAGCUCUCUCUGAGCGAUUUGAGCGUUUGUUUGCCAACACCAAGCAGUAUAUGCAUGCUGGAGACAUUAUCCGUUCGCGGCAGGAGUACAAGUCCGGAAUCGAACAGCUUUCCAGGUGGCUGCGAGGAGCUGAAAGCGUUCUGGACCAGAGGCAAGUCCUUGGAAACAGUGAGCAGAUCAAGCAAUAUGGCCAGCAGCUGCAGCAGUUGGCCAGCGAAAUCGAUGACAACGAGGAGCUGUUUAAGACCAUCAGCAGGAAUUUCCAAUCCCUGAUCCAAGACCUUUCCCGCGACGAGGUGGACAAGAUGAUGAAAUUGCUGAAGCAGGAGAAGGAAUCUCUGGUGCGCAUUCGCGCCCAGUUGCCUGCUAAGCUGCAUCUGUUCCAUCAACUGCAGAUCCAACAGGAAUCCCUGGAGGCGGGUCAAAAGGAGAUCCAUCAGUGGUUGAGCGAGGCUGAACAGCUUCUGGGAACACACAAUCUUACCGGAGGCCGUGAUGCCAUUAAUGAGCAACUCCAAAAGCACAAGACCUACUUCUCACGCACUGUUUACUAUCGUUCCAUGCUGGAGAGCAAGAACAAGGUGUUCCAGAACCUUCUGAAGGCCGUGUCCGCGGAUGACAAGAUCGACACUGCUUCCGCUUCGCAGCAAAUGCAGCAGCUGAACGAGCGAUUCAACUAUGUGAUCCAGAAUGCCCAGCAAUGGGAGCAGCGCUUGGACUCGGCAGCUGGUGGAUGGAGCAACUUCAAGGACAACGAGCGUGUGGUCAGCGAAUGGCUCACCCAUGCGGAGUCCAUGCUGGUGGAGAAGCACAUCGAAUCUAAGACCACAAUCGAGACCCAGAAAUACUUCUUUGAGCAGGUCAACGAUCGCUGGAUGAAUGAUCUGGUCCAGUCGGCUCAACAACUUCUGACCACCUUGCCCGCCCAGGAGCAACCUGCUGUUGUACAAAGUGUGGAGCAAUUGCAAUCCCGCUGGAAGAAUGUGCUAUCCCAGGCUCCGUUGCACCUACUAAAACUGGAAUUCAGGCUGGACGAGAAUGCCUUCUAUCAAUCCCUGAAGGAUGUGGAGAAGGAGUUGCAGUUGGAGCAGCAGGCCCUGAAUCGCAACGAGGACGUGGACUCCAUUUUGCAGCGCAACCAGCAGUUCCUCCUGCAACAGGAUGUAGUUCCCCGUCUGGAGCGCUGCCUUCAGAACAUGCAACGUCUGGCCCAGGCCCACAGGCAACAACAACCCGGUGACAUUAGUCUGGAUCAGGCAUACGACAAUGCCAAGUCGCAGUGGCAACUGUUGUCCAACAAACUGGGCGAUAUGCGCCAAACCCUCCAGCAAAUCCCAGCCCAAUGGCAGGGCUACCAUCUGAAAUUCAACGAUAUGGUCAACUGGAUGAACGGCGUGGAUCAGAGCCUUAAAAAUAUCGUCAAUGAAGUCAAUACCAUGGAGGAAUUCGAGAAGGAGAAAGUCGUCUUCCAGAAAAUCUGCCAGGAUGCUGACAACAAACGCGAGGAUAUGAAAUGGCUGGUCAAGACCUUGGAUUCGCUUCUAAGCUACGCUACUGAAGAUGAAGCUAAUAUGGAGCAGAAGAAACUGGAGGACCUGAUCGCUCGCUACAAGAACCUCAUCCCCACGAUUGAGAUUACCAUGGUCAAGACGGAAGUUUUCUCUAAGUGCUACACCUACCGCCGUGAAGUUCACGAGGUUGUGUGCCUGCUGAGCAAGGUUAAGGAUCAGACGGCCAAUAUACCAGCUCCCGAUAGUCUGGAGCGUGUGAAUCGCCUGAUUGAAGAGCAGCAGUAUGCCAUUAAUCAGCUGGAUCACCAGCGCCCUCACAUCAUGUCUAUGCUACAACGAGGACGUGAUCUUAUCAAGGAUGUGCAUGCCCCAGCCUUUGUUAAUACCGAGGUCAAGAACCUGGAGACUGGUUGGAAUCAGGCCUACACCGAAACCUCUGACAAACUGCAGGCCCUCAAGGGAACCCAGGCUGUUUGGAGCGAGUUCGUGGACCAGAAGAACGACAUCUUCUCCAUGUUGCAAACUGCCGAAACGGAGCUUCGUUCCCUGACUCCAUUGCAAACCGAUCCCAAAAAUGUUAGCCAGGAUCUAAAGUCCAAGAGAGAUCUCAAUGUGCAACUGCAGCAGGCUUCCCAUCAACUUCUGCCUAAGUUGCAUGCUCUCAAAUCAGAACUGGCUCCUCUGGCUGCUCCCGACAAGCGUCCCAUCCUGGAGAAGGAAGUGACCGAGGUGGAGAAGAUGUUCUUCAAUACCAUGGAGCAUGUGAAGGAUCGCGUUGGCUAUCUGGAGGACUACAGUGCCAAGUGGAACAACUACAAGACACGCCUCGCCGAACUGCAAGAGUGGGCCAACAAGGUUGCCCCCAAGAACAUCGAGGCCCUUCAGUCCGAGGAUCUCACACCGGAGGAGCGUGUGGUCAAGGUGCAGGCCUUCAAGCGUAUCCUUGGCGAUCGCAUGAAGCAACUGGAUCUUCUGGCCGCCGAUGCCUCCGAGCUGGCCCCCAAAGAGGGCAACAUUGCCGAGGCCAAGCGACUCAAGGGCGAGAUCACCAAGCUGCAGGAGGUCCUCAGUGCCAUCAAUCGCAACGUGGACCACCAGGCACAGGCUGUGCAGGAGGAUCUUGUCAACUGGCAGCAGUUCCAGGCCGGUCUGCAGCAAAUCAAGCCAGCCGUGGAGCAAAGCGAAGUCAAGGUAAAUAAUGUAGUUUCUAAGCCCAUCUCCCUCGAAGAAGCCGUUGCCAUGCAACAGAAUGCCCAACAAUUCGAGACACAGUGCCAGGAGCAAUUGGACAAGCUCCAUGGCAUAUCAAACAUCAGUCAUAAAAUGUUAUGUAAGACCAAUGCCCCCGACGAAUUGGAUGCCAUGCAUUCGCGUUGGACGGCUGUCCAUGAGAACGCGAAGCAAGCGAGCGCCAAGCUUGAGAAAUUGGUGGCCAAUUGGAAGUCGUUUGACGCCGAUGCCGCCAAGCUCGAGGAUUGGGUUGGCCAGGGUGAGCAGCUGAUGUCUCGCCGUCCAGCUGUCCUCAAUACCCCGCACAUUGACAAGCUCGAAAAGGAGCUGGUCAAACUGAAGUCCUUUAACAACGAGAUCUCGCAGCAGCAGGCCAAGCUCGUGACUCUGGGUCAAAAUGCCGAUCAGAUUAGUUUGCACUUGGCUCCUGAGGGAGCAGCAGCUUUGAAAGAUCGCGUGAAUCAAAUGAAGGGCAAGCUGCAGAAGCUUUCGGAAGCCACUCGCGGUCACAUCAACGAAGUUUCCGAUGCCAUUAUCUCGCGACAGGACUUCAAUGCCAAACUGGUUAACUUCUCCAACUGGAUGGAGCAGCUUCGUAACCAAGUUACCCAAGUGGAAGAAAUCAACCCAGAGCGUGUUGAGACCAGUCUCCAUGUUAUCCAUGCCUUACUCCAGGAACAUGCCGAUAAGAAGCCGAGCUUUAAUGCCAUCUACGAUGAGGUUAAGCAAUUGGCCUUGGGAGCCACUCCCGAAGAGUCUAAUGCCCUGAAUGAUGCCUACACCGCGUUGGUGGUGAACUAUCAAAACCUGGAGACUAACAUGCUGCAAAAGAAGGCAGCUCUGGAGAAGUGGACUGAGUUGCUGGGCUGGAAGAACGACACGGAAUCGCAUUUGAACUAUUUGAAACACCAGUUGGACAAACCAGAAGGACCCGCUGCCGAGGAGCUCUCCAAGGUGAUCGAGGAGAUCGACAAUUUAGGUCAGGGUAUUUCCUACUGGAAGGGUCAGGCCAAGGAGAUCGACGAAAACCCGGCCAUCCAGUUGAGAGAUGCUUUGUCCCGUCGUCCACUGAUCGCCACCCAAAUUGUGAAUGAUGUUGAGAAUAAACUGGAGAAUCUGAAGCUGCGCUCGCAGAAUCAACAGCAGCAAAUUCAACAGAUGAACGUACGCAAGGACAAAUUCCAUGCCCUGGAGCACAACUUUGGCCAGGCUCUGCAAGAGAACCGCGCUAAGCUGGACGAGAUUCUCAGACAGCAUCCGACCCUGAACAACAUCGAUCAGAUUAUUGCCGAUUUGGUUGCUCUGAAUGAGGCUCUAAAAUACCAGGCGGAUCUGAAGAAUCGCAUUCAUGACGAAGGUUCUUUGCUGAUGCGUGAGGAUAUUUCCAGCAUGCCUGCCAUUCAGGAGAGCCUUCUUGUCAUGGAUAAGAACUACGAUUCUUUGCAGAACGAGAUUGCUGAUCGCAUUCAGAAGUACAACCUAAUCAGCCAGGCCUUGAGGGAGUAUGCUGACUCCAAGGACAAGUUCUCGAAGGAGCUGAAGAAGGCAGAAGAUUUGUUCAAUGCCAUACCUCAACAGCCACGUGAUGAAACUGAGCUCCAUCAGGCUUCGGAGAAGACCAGGAAGACCAUGGAGCAGCUGCGCAAAUCCAAGCUCAGUUUGGAUGAACUAGAGCGUCGGGGAAGCAAUGUGGGCAAACUUUUCAGUGCUAUUGGAGAGCCAAUCCCCCAGGAAGUGCCACAGGAGGUAACAGCUGCCAAACAACACUGGCAAGAUCUGCAUGAUAAGACAGCCAAGAACGCCCAUGUCUACGAGACUGAAGCCGUUAUUUGGUCACAGAUCGAAGAUGCCAAGAAGGACCUACUCCCCUGGUUGUCCGAAACAAACCAGGGACUCUGCGAUGCUGCGGAUAACUCAAUUGAAAUUGAGUUUGGACCUAUGCGUCUAAGCAAAUAUCGCACGGAAUUGCCUUCCUACCAGGCUCUGAAGGAUUCGAUUGUGGAGAAGACAAAUGAUUUGGUGAAGAUCAACAAGGGCGCAGAGAUCCCAGCUCUAUCUGCUCUCAAUAAACUCUUGACCGAGCAGUUUGCUGAAGUAAGCAACAAUGCUGAUCGCUUGAGUGCUGUUACCACUUCUUUUAACGAUCAGGAACAAGAGUUGCGUAAACGCUCCAAGGAAGCCGGCGAGAGGGUGAGCAAACUCCGUGAGCAGUUGAUCAAGUGCGACGAUAUGUCCGGUGAUAAUAACAAGAUCAUGGAGCGUCUCCUGCAAUGCCGCGCCCUGCGUGGUGAACUCGACAAUAGCGGAAACGAGAUUGAUAACAUCAAACAAAAGGUCGAUGAGUUGCGUAAUCUGUAUCCCACUUUCAGUGAGUCCAUUAUACCCAAAGAACUGAACAACGUGCAGAAACGGUAUGAGAACGUCGAUCUCUAUGCUAAAAAGAUUGAGAGCUCCCUGCUGCAGUUCCUCAAGAAAUUCCACGCCGAUAAAGUAGGCAUGCUGAAGCGCAUCAUUGCCACUCAACGCGAAAAGGUGGCCUGGUGUCAGCCUGAGUCUUCCAGUGACAAAUACAACCUCGAUGUGAAGAAGUCCUCGUUACAGGAGGUAAGCAAGAGCAUUGAUGAUUGCAAGGCGCGACAUGCCGAAACCCUGAAGUCACUGGAGAUGUUGAAGGCUGUGGAAUCGCCUCAAAACCUUGCUGAACUUACCAACGAUGCCGAGUUACUUCGUAAGGACAUGCAGGCUCUGCAGGAUAGCUUUGACAAAAUCAAGGAUAUCCUCGAUGAAAACGUCGAUUUGUGGUCACAGUACGAGCAAUCCAAUGAACAGAUUUCCAACUGGUUGCGUGACGUCGAAGGACGCGUUAAGGCAGAGACUAGCAGUCAAGUCAACCUACCUGAGGUGCCACAAAAGCUUCAGGAAUUGUCUAUUCUUCAACAGGAUGUGUUGGCCCAUGAGCCCAUAAUUAAUAGUCUUGAGCAGACUUCCCAACAGCUUAUUGAGAAGAACCCCGAGGCAAGAAUCGGACAGUUUGUCACUCAUUUGGUGCAGCGUUAUCAAGCUGUAUCUAAGGCACUGACUGGCUACAUUGAUAAGAUCCGUAGUGCUCAGUUGUCGAAUGCCAACUUUGCCAAGGCAGCCAAGGAUUUCAACGAGUGGUUCGGGGAUGCUAAGAUCGAGUUCCAAGAAUUGGCCCGCAUGGGAUCUCCUGGAUCGUCUUCUGCCACAGCCCAACAACUGCAGACCGUCAAGAACUACAUCAAGACCUUUGAUAAUGGUCAGGUUCUGCUAAAUAACGCAGUGGACAUUGGUGAGGCCCUGUAUCCGGUGGUUUCCCCUGAGAAUCGCGAACGUAUCCGUUCUGAUCUUCGUCAAAUGCGUGAGAAGUUCGACUAUCUGCGAGAUGAAGCAAAUGCAUUCAUGCAGCAAGUUGAGGGUGUUUUGAUUCAGAAGACUUCCAUCGAAGAAAGCUACACUCAAGUUUCGCAUUACCUUAACGAAUCGAAGGCUAAGGUUCCCGCCGGUGACGAAUUGUACCCAACUUUGGCCACCAAAAAGGCUGCUCUUCAAAAUUACAAGACCCAGCUGCAGGAGAUUACCCUUCACAAGAAUGCUCUUAAGCAACUACACGACAAGGCUGUGACCCUUUGCGAUGAUGAGUCGGAGAGAAAGACCGACGAGUCCAUCCAAGAGUAUAACACACUCUCCAAGAAGAUUUCCGAUAGGAUUACAACCGUGGGAAAUCAUGUGGUUAAGCAUGAGGCUUACGAUCAGGUUCUGGAAAAAGCACAAGAUUGGCUUAAUACCAUUAAAUCCGAAGCCAUUGACAUCCUUAACGAGACCACAUUUGAGAAGGAAGGUGCCGAGGAGAAACUGCUUGUUGUGGAAAAUCUUCUGCAACAUAAGCCUGAGGGUGAUUCCAUCUUCGAUACCUGUCACAAGUUAUUGGAAACGGUGCUCACACAGACCCAUGCCAGUGGUCAUCCAGCCCUGCUCAAGGGUUUCGAGGAACCGAAGCAGUCUUGGGAGGACUUCAUGACUCUGUGUCAGGACUCGUUGGUAAAACUGAAGCAGCUCUGCUCUAAAUGGGAUGAGUUUGACACGAUUAUUGAAGAACUGGACAACUGGAUGAAGAAUGUGGAGGCAGUGGUUAAGAACCAGAACCUUAAGAGUACCGCGGAAGCCAAGAAUGCCCAUUUGAAGCAGCUUCAGGAGAUUGCAAAGGACAUUGAACGCCGUGGCUCGGCCAUCAAUGAGCUAAUGGAUCAAGGUCGUGAGAUCGAGGGUGAAACCGAUUUGAACCUUAAGUUGUCCCGCCUGAAUACUCGCUAUCAGACCCUGAAAAAUCUAUGCAAGGAAUCGAUAGCCAAGUAUGUGAACUAUGUGAAGGAUCACGAAAGCUUCGAUAACGACUUCGAUGUAUUCAAGCAAAGUCUUCAGUCUUCGGUCGACGAGUUAGCUAAGGCCAAUGAGAUCGUGGGUGAUCAGAGCGUGCUGCAGGAUCAGCAGAAUAAGCUCCGUGAGAUGUCCGACAAGCGUAUUUCGGACUCCACUCUCUUCGAAGGUCUUAUCGACCGUGGAGAAAAGCUCUAUGGUCACACCAGUCCGGAAGGCCGUGAAAUCAUCCGUCAGCAGUUGCGUGCGCUGCGAACCCUGUGGGACAACUACACUGAUGACUUAAACUCGGCAACGCAAAAGAUCGAUCAGUGUCUGCUGCAGUUCAACGAGUUUAGCAUUGCCCAGGAUCAGCUCACCAAGUGGCUGAAGGACGUGGACAAGGCCAUGCAGAGUCACACCGAACCAAAGACGACGCUGCAGGAAAAGCGUGCUCAAUUGCAGAACCACAAGUUGCUCCAUCAGGAAAUCACCACGCACAACGUUCUUGUCGAUAAUGUCUGCGACAAGGCUCAGAUCCUGGUGGAUCAGAUCAAGGAUAACUCGUUGAACGUGUAUUUGGCCUCGAUCAAGCAGCUCUUCCAGAGCAUUGUCCAAAAGUCCGAUGAAAUCUUACACAAUCUGGAGGAUUGUGUCCAGAAGCAUAACGAAUUGAACAACGCCUUAUCCUCGGCCAAGACUUGGAUCUCCAAUGAGAAGGCCAAGUUGCUGGAGUGCGAUGAUGCUUAUGGCGAAAAGGCGGACAUUAAACGCAAGAUCGAAACCUUGGGACAGUUGGCUCAGAACAAACCACAGGCCAUGAAGUUGAUCAGCGAUAUACGUGAUCUGUUCGAGAAGGUAAAGGCCACGACCUCCGAAAAGGGCAACGAAGUGCUGGACAAGGAGAUCGAGGAGCUGGAGACCACCAUGAAGAGUCACUUUGAUGACAUCGAGGGCAUUGAAGGCAAGCAGAAGGAUGUUCUUGCCCAGUGGGACAAAUUUGAAAAGACGUUGGAAGAUCUGACCAAGUGGUGCCGCAAUGCAGAGGCUGUUUUCCGUGAGCAGCAGUUGAAGUCUACACUCCACGAGAAAGUGGAACAGCUGGAGAAGUACAAGAUCCAAAGGGAAUUGAUUCUCCAAAAGGAGAAGGAGAUCGAUGCCUUUGGAGAUGCUGCCCAUGCCCUGCUCAACAACUGCGGAGCCGAUCGUCUGAAGACUCUAACCACUCAGAUCACCAAUCGCUAUCAGCUGCUACAGGUUCUCAGCAAGGAAGUGGUCAACCGCUGGUCCAACCUUGUCGAUGAUCACCAGUUCUACCAAGACAAGUACAACGAGGUCGACUUGUGGCUCCAACCCAUUGAAGCACAAAUGGAGAAGGUCCUUUUGGAUGAACCCACCCAGAGUUCCAACAUUCUUCAAAUCCUGCUUUCUGAAAAGGAGCAAGCUGAGAGCUUAUUCGCUGCUCUGAAUGCAGCUGGAGAAAAGGCUCUGCCGGAGACUUCAACUCAGGGCAGGGAGAAGAUUCGGAAGGACCUGCGUGAUAUACGUGAUCGUUGGGACAAACUGGACGAGGGCAUUCGCAACCUGGAGAAACGUCAGGAGGCCCAAGGUGUUCAGCUCUCCAGCUACCAGGAUAUUCUCAAUCAAACAGUCAACUGGUUGGAUCAAGUGGAAAAACUUCUUCACAACGAAAACCCAGCUAGCUGGACCAGCGCCCAGGAAAUCCGCUCCAAAUUGUACAAGUACAAGGCCACCAACCAGGACAUUAACUCCCACAAGCGUAUUGUAGAGGCAGUUAAUGAAAAGGCAGCAGCCCUUCUGGGGAGCGCAGCCCCUGCCAAUGCUGAUGAGAUCUCCAAGGCAGUUGCAGAUGUGAACAAGCGUUAUGAGCAAGUGGGACAAGAUUGUGCCAAAUUGGUUGCUGAUCUUGACGGAGCUUUCGAUGUGUAUCAGCAGUUCAGUGAGCUGCAGAAGGCCCAACAGGACUACCAGAAAAAUCUUUGGGAUCGGCUUACCGGUUACUCUGACUACUCAGGUAACAAAGCAGCUCUCCAAGCACGUCUUCAAAAAAUCAACGAGAUUCAGGAUGCUUUGCCGGAAGGAGUGGCCAAACUUAAAUCCCUUGAGGAUCACAUUGAGCAACAGGCUAGUAAUAUUCCUGCCCGCUCCAAGGAGGCAAUGGCCCGCGAUCUGGCCAACUUGCAUGCUGACUUUGAGAAAUUCGGUGCUUCUUUGAGUGACGUGAAGAGUGGACUGGAGAAUCGCCUUCAACAAUGGAAUGAUUAUGAGGUCAACUUGGAUCGCCUGAUCAACUGGUUGGGUGAGGCAGAGAAUGCUCUGAAGAACUACAAUCUGAAAUCUUCAUUCGAGGAGAAAGAAGAGCAAUUGAAUCGCUUCCAGUCCUUGGCGCAGAAUUUGCGUCAAAACGAAGCCGACUUUGACAAGAUGAAGGACGAUACCUCGGAGCUGGUGCAAAGUUCUGGUGAAACCAGGAUUGCUGUAAAUGUGCAACAGGUCUCCUCCCGAUUCCAAUCGAUACAGGCUACAGCCAAGGAAAUUCUCAAGAAGUGCGAGCAGGCUGUCCAGGACCAUGGUCACUUCAAUGAUAAGUACAAGCAGUGUGCAGAUUGGUUGGCUAAUGCCCAGGCUCGUUACGAUGAUUGCUGUGAUUUGUCCACAGUAGCAUCUCGUGACGAUCUUCUGAAGAAACAACUGGUUAUCCAGGAGCUUCUGGCUCAGCAACCCACUGCUACUCAGCUGCUGAAUAGCACUGUUGAGCUGGGCGAAAAAUGCUAUGGAUCCACCGCAACCGAAGGACGCGAAGCCAUUCGCAGUCAACUGGAUGAUCUAACAUUCGAUCAGUUGUUUGAUAACAUUGCCAUCACAGCGAGAAAGAUUCAGGAUAAAAUCGCCAAAUGGUCUGGCUUUGAUGAGAUCGCUGACAGCUUAAAGAGCUGGUUGGAGGAAACGGAGAAUGCUCUUCCUGCUGAUAUUGAGUUGAAAACAACGCUGGAUGAGAAACGCACCAAACUGCAGACCUAUCGUGACAUCCUAAACGACAUCAACAACCAUCAGGUGGAGUUGGGCAAUCUUCAGGAGAUUGCCGCCAAUCUGCCAGAGAAAACGGACCUUGUGGACCAAAUACUCAAGGACAUUUCUGACAGAUUUGGAAAGCUGCAAAAGCGAGCACAGAACUACGUGGAACGCUAUGAGGGUAUUGUGAGUGCCCAUCAGCAGUACUCCAAGGCUGUGAUGGAUGCUCAAGAGUUCAUCGAUGCUACCCUGAAUACGGUUCACUAUUGGGGCGAUCUGGAUCUGGAACAGAUCUCAUUGCACACGAACCUCGAUCGCCUGAAGAAUCUGAAGGCCAGUUUGGCCGAUGAGUUCCCUCGAGUUGAUCAAGUGAGGGCUUUGGGCGAGAAGGUCAUUCCGGGUACAGUGGAUGUGGGCCAGGUGAACAUCAAGUCCCAGAUCGACACCACCCAGCAAGAAUGGGAGAGUCUACUGACCGCUAUCAGCUCGACUAUUGAGGCCAUUGAAGCGCGUCUACAGCACUGGUCGGAGUACGAACAAUUGCGCGACCAAUGUUUGGCUUGGAUUCGUGAUACGGAUAACAACCUUCACGCAAUUGACCUUAAGGAGGAUCUACCGAAGAAGCGUGCUCAGUUGGACGCACUGAAAGCACUCCAAGGAGACGUACGCGCCAAGGAAUUGGAGGUUGAUAAUGUCACGGAGAAGGCACAGACUCUGCUGAAGGGACCAACCAGCACUCGAGCUUCGGGUCCCGAGUUGGUUACCAAGUACCAACAGAUCUUCCACAAGGUCAAAGAGCUCAACAACCGUUGGCAGCAGUAUGUUGCUUCUCAUGAAGAUUUCGACAACGCUAUCUCCGAUUGCUCCUCUUGGAUCAAUAACAUCAAAGAGAAGUUGGACUACUGCUCCGACAUGUCCUCUAUGAGUCCAAAAGAACUGGAUAAGAAACUUGCCACUAUUCAAGAUGUUAUCUUGCUGAAGGACGAAGGUUCUGCUCGUGUCUUGAAGAUCCUCGAGCAGGCUCAGCAUGUGCUGGCUAACACAGCCCCCGGAGGUCAUGAAGCCAUUAACAAGGAACUCACUGAUCUCCAGGAUCUCUGGUCAGGAAUUGCUCUGCGCAUCAUGGAUGUCAAAUCUAAUCUGGAUGACUCCAUUACUCAAUGGUCCGGUUUCCUGGACCAAGUGCAAAAUGUUCGCAAGUUCAACGAGUGGCUAGAUGGGCUGGUCAAAGAAUUAAGUGAGCAUCAGACAACCAUGACAGAGAAGCGAGCGCAGUUGGAUCGGGUUAAAUCUACGGAGGAGAAGGUUCGCGUCGAGAAGAUCGAUGUUGAUGCCCUUAAGAUCCAGGCCAAGGAGAUGAUUGCCAGCGGUCAACAAAGUCAGGCAGCCUUCCAGGCCCAAAAGGUGCUUGACACCUUCGAUGAACUCUUUGCCAAGACCCAGAAACUGCUGUCAGAUCGUCAGGAUCAGUAUAGGGAUCAUCGUUUGUUCAAGGAGGCCUACGAUGAUUUGGUUAGCUGGAUUGGACGCGCCCGCGAGAAGUUCCCUUCGUUGAAACAGAGCAGCUUAAGUGAUAAAUUGGCCAUCGAAAAUGCUGUCCAAGCUACGGAAGCUCUUCUUAACAAACAAGCUCAGGGUGAACUUCUGGUCGAACACUUGGUCCACACCGGAGAAGUGGUGUUGGCCAGUACCUCUUCUCAAGGUCAGGAGAUCAUUAGGAAUGAUAUCCGUGCCCUGCGCGACAGCUUUGAGGGCUUGUUCCGUGAAAUCAACCAACAGAAAGAGAAUCUGGAGGUUACCAUGGUGCAGUGGCGGGCCUAUAAGGAGGAGUACGAACGGCUGAUGGAAUGGUUACAGCAGAUCGAUAUCCUUGUGAAGAAUCACAAGCUCAACCUGUGUCCCAAUCUUCCUGAUAAGGAGAAACAGGUGGCUGAUAUGAAGGAAGUGAUGUCACGUCUUGAGAAAGGCAAGGAUGACAUUGAUAAGUUCAAUGCUUCGGCUGCCAGUUUGCUCAAGUCUCACCUGGAUACCUAUGUGAACAAUCAGCUGAGACACUUGGGUUCCGUCUAUCAAGUGCAGGUAAACCUGGCAAAGGAUGUCCUCAAAAAAGUGGAGACCAACCGCGACCAGCAUCGCGAAUACGAUGCUAAUAUGAAGUCUGCCAAGGAUUGGAUAGCCAAUGCCAAAUCCGUAAUUCAGUCGGCCGGCGAGGGAGCUGGCUCCAAGGAGGCUCUGCAACGUCGCUUGGAGCAAAUCCAGGAUUUGAUUCGCAACCGUGAACUUGGUCAGAACUUGGUACACACCGCAAUCAAUAAUGGCGAAAAGAUAAUCAGAAACACUCGCUCUGAUGGACGUGAUGCCAUUAAUAGCGAGAUGAAAGAACUCCAAACCGAAUGGGAUCGCCUGGUUAAGAAAAUGUCCACAGCCAAGGUGCAGCUGGAGACGAAUCUGCUUCAAUGGGCUGACUACAGUUCCAGCUACUCGCAGCUGCAGCAAUGGAUCACCGAUAGGGAGGCUAAGUUGCAGCAAGCCUUGGAACAGAAGAUCGUUAAAUCCAAGAGGGGUCAACCUGGUCUCAGCAGUGGUUUGAGCGAACGUAAGGCCAAUCUCCGCCAGACGAACAACAUUGUCCAGGACAUAGUAUCCUUCGAACCCAUGAUUCAGUCGGUUACUUCCAAGGCUUCAGUUUUGCAGCAAGGUGCUCCGGGCACUGAGAUCUCCGAUAAGUACGAGAAUCUCACCAAGCAAGCUAAGGAUCUGUAUGAAAAGCAGAAGAACACCAUCGAAAGCUAUCAGUCUUUGAUUGAUGCGGGCAAUGACUUUGCUACCUGGCUGAGAAAUGCCAAGGAGCGAUUGAGCAAGUGCUCUGAGCCCACUGGAGAUAAACAGGCUCUGGCCGAGAAGACCCACCAACUGAAGAUCCUGCAGGGUGAGGUGCCCGAAGGUGCCCAGAAACUGAAGAAUGCUCUGGAGCAAGGUGAAAUCGCUUGUCGCAGCGCUGAGCCCGAGGAUUGUGAAAUCAUCGAACAGGAAGUGGCCCUUCUACAGGAGGAGUUCGAUGCCUACAGGGAAGCACUUAAUAAGGCCAAGGAUUAUCUGGAAGUGGGCAUUGUCAAGUGGUCAGACUACCAGGAUCAGUACACCGAAGCUUUGGAGUGGUUAAGCAAGACCGAAGCUCUGGUGCAAUCCUACAACAAGUUACAGGAUAGCUUGAUCCAGAAGAAGGUGGUCCUUGAGCAAUUCCAGGGACAUCUGCAGACCCUAUUCGACUGGCAGAAGACUCUGGACGAUCUUAACAUGAAGGCUCAGGUUCUGCUGGAGACUUGCUCCGAUACAAGGAUCAGUAAUGCCAUUAUGCAGUUGACAACCAAAUACAAUGCUCUACUGACCCUGGCCAAGGAAGUGAUGCGUCGGCUGGAGAUGCACUACCAAGAGCACCAACAACAUCAUAGUCUGUACGAGGAGUGUCAGUCCUGGAUUGAGAAGACCCGCGAGAAACUUUCCGAGUGUGAACAAAUACCCGGAACUCUUAACGAAGUUCAAAUUAAAUUGAACACCGUGAAGAAUCUUCGUCAAGGCUUUGAAACCGGCCAGAACAAGCUGCGUUACCUUUUGGAAUUGAAGGAAAAGGUGAUUAUGAACACUGAACAAAAUGGAGCAGCCAAAAUCCAGGAGGAUACCGAAUCCCUUAAACAGGACUUUGACAAACUUUUGGUGGAUCUUAACGAUGUUCGCCAGAAAUUGGCCAAUCGCCUGGCUCAGUUGGAGGAGAUCUUCAAGCUCUACAAGAUUCUGGUCGAAUGGCUGGAGGAUGUGGAACCGAGUGUCAAGGCCAGUGAUGAGUUCCUGAAUGAUCUGAGUGAGAAGCGCGCCGCGCUCGAGAAGUUCCGCGUCAUUCAGCGUGACAUCAAUGGCCACAAUGACAUUGUGGAGAAGAUCAAUCAGCGUCUCAAGGAGGACAACAGCUUGGAUCUGAACGACUUCCAACCGGGUCUGGGCAAAUUCGAUGAGCUGCAGACGCAGGUCAAUAAGAUCAUUGAGUCGCUGGAGAACCAGGUGAACAGCCAUGAAAAAUACAAGCAGGCAUACAAUGAGCUGCAGGAUUGGCUGCGUCGUACUCGCAUCGAAGUGGAGCAGUGUGCCGACUGCCAUGGCGAGAAGGAUCAAGUGGAGAGCCGUCUCAAUCGAUUGGGAGAUCUACAGUCCGCCUCGUUGGAGGGCAAGUCCCUGCUCGAAGCCUGCGAAGAGCUAAGUCAGGCGGUAAUUGCCACCAGCGGAAGUGAAGGCCAGGACAAUGUGGCCCAGGAGAUCAAACAUCUCACCUCCGAAUGGGAAACCCUUCAGGCUCUAUCCCGCGAUGCUCGAAGCAGCCUGGAAUCUUGUCUGGCCGCCUGGCAGACCUUCCUGCAGAAGUUCAACAAGAUCAACCUUUGGAUCGAAACGAUGAGCAAGCGUGUUACCAAAUCUCAGGAAGGCGAAAACAAGACCCCCGAAGAUUUGGUUAAUGCCAAGAAACUCCUUGAGGAAGUACUGGCCGAAAAGGACAAUGUAGAGGAUCUGAACGAUAACUGCGAGUUGCUUAUGGAGCAAAGUGCCUGCACUCGCAUUCGGGAUCAGACCAUCGAAACUCAGGCCAACUAUACCAAGCUGUUGACUUCCGCUCAGGGAUUGGUCGCCAAGAUCGAGAAGAACCUGUCGGAUCACACUGAGUUCCUCAACUACAAGAAGGAAAUGGAUGCCUGGAUAGAGAAGGCCCAACAGGUUCUUGAUGAUUGCUCCACCGAUGGUGAUGCUGCUAUCAUUGCCCAGAAAUUGGAUACCGUCAAUUCCUUGGCUUCCCGUCUGCCCGAGGGUCAGCAUCUGUUGGCUUUGGUGCAGGAUGCCUACUCUAAGGCGUCGAACAUCACACCAGAGGACAAGCAGGAGAAGUUACGGGAUCUGAUGACCAAGGUCCGUGAGGAUUGGGAUGCCCUGGGUCUGGCGGUCAAGCAAAAGUUGACCGAUCUGAAGCAAGCUCAAAAUCGUUGGAACGACUUUGCUGCCAACAAGGAUAAGCUGGAGAAGUGGCUGAAUGAAACCGAGAAGACUCUGAAGGUGGCACCGGAAACCAAGGGCGAACUGAGCGAGAUGAAGACCCUGCUUGAGCGCUACAAGACCCUUUCGAAUGAACUGAAACAGAAGGGCAAUGACCUGGAGCAGUUGCAGUCGGAGGCUCGUGAUUUGGGCACCGAAGUGGAUGCAGUGAAUCGCUUGCAAUCCCGUUGCGAUAAGCUCAAGAACGACUGCGCCGCUCACAUUGCGUCGCUGGAGCAGGAGAUGUUCGGCUAUAAUGCCUACCACCAGAGUCUGCAGGAUGUGGAGAAGUGGCUGUUGCAGAUCUCCUUCCAGCUGAUGGCCCACAAUUCGCUGUUCAUCUCGAAUCGCGAACAAACGCAGGAGCAGAUCAAACAGCACGAGGCCUUGUUGGGUGAAAUCCAAAAGUAUCAGACCAACUUGGAUGACUUGAAUGCCAAGGGUCAGGCGCAGAUUAAGCGCUACGAGAACUCAACUCCGGCCAUUCGCCCCACAGUCGAGUCCCAGCUAAAGAAUAUCCAGGAUAGCUACAAUUCUCUGCUGCAAACCUCUGUCCAAAUCAAGAACCGCCUGCUUGAAUCGCUGGCCAAGUUCCAGGAAUACGAGGACACUUUGGAUAGCAUUAUGCGUAACCUGGAAACAUACGAGCCCAUUAUACAGACCGAACUUGAUGCCCCGGCAACAAGUCUGGAAUUGGCUCAAAACCAAUUGAGAUGUGCCCAGGAAAUGCAGAAUAAGUUGAACAACGAGAAGUCCCGACUGGCAGCCGCCGUUCAGGCUUGUGAGGCAGCCACUGCCUCUAUAAGUCGUCCCAGUUCUCCGCUGGAAACCGCCAUGCAGGCCAUUCCCGAAAGGGAGCUCAUUGUGCGCGCCAAGCUGGAGGAUCUGCUGGAUCAGAAACCGCCUCCAAAGACUCGGAGCUCAACCAAAGGUGUUAACAAAGAUGAUGAUGAUGAAGAUGAGGAUGACGUUGAGAUACAGGUUGAGCUCAGCGAUGUGAAUGAGGGGCUUUUGGAUCCUAUUGCCCACGAGCGUGUCAGCAACUAUCGUAAGAUAGUUCGCCUGAAUAGCGCCCAUGUGGGCAAGCUGAAUGAAUUAGUUGCUAAGGUGCAAUCCCACUUGGGUGGUUUGACUGCAUCCGUUAGCGAACUGGAGCAACAGCAGAAGCAGCGCGCCGAGCUGCAGGAUUGGGUGAAGAAGCAGCAGAGCUCUGUCUCGGAUUGGAUGAUGCGUCCUUGCAAACUGCGUCCAGAGGCAGCUCAGCAGGAGCUGGUGUCCAUGAACGAUUUGUUGAACUCCAUCGGUGACAAGCGAUCGCAACUGAUGCUGGAAAUGACAGGAUCAUUGGGCGAUGAAGACACCGAUCUGGAUGACAACAUUGACAAACUGGAGUCGGAACUCAUGGAUGCCAUUGCCAAGAAACAGGCUGGCCAGAAUGUAAUCGAUGGCUAUCGCCAGGGAAUGGCUGAUGUCCAGAACUGGUUCGACACCCUGAUCAAACGCAUGGAUGUUCUGGAUCGCGGUUCUGGUUUGAAUUGUGCCCAGAAGACGGCGGCCAUUAAUGAGAUCAAGAACGAGUACGAGCUGCAGGGUCACCCCAAGAUUCAAGAGCUCAAGGGCAAGGCUUCGCAGGUGGCGGAGGUCAUCAGCAAUCUGGAUGGUCAGCAGGUAGAAGAACAAAUGAAGUCCCUGGAUCGUCGUUUUGCCGAUCUUGGCAAGCGCAUUGAUCGCAAGGCCCAACUGCUAGAUGUGACCAACAAGGGAGUGGAGGGAGCCAAGGGCGAGAUUGAUCAGCUCCAAAAUUGGGUGAAGCAGCAGAUCGAGGAGCUGCAGGCUCCCACUCCAUUGGGCUACACACCCAAGGACGCCGAGGCGCGCCAGCAAAAGAUCAAGAGCCUCAUGAAGGAUGCCGAGGCCAAGCAAUCCCUGGCCGAUGUCCUGGAGAAGCGCGUGGCUAACAUGCAACAGGAGUUGGAACCCGUUGAGUACUCCCAGCUGGAGUCCGCUUUGCGUAAUCUGAACUCUGAGAACCGCAAUCUGUCAGGAGUCCUCAAGGCGGAAUUGGAUCGUGCUCUAGAGGCCAGCAAGGCUCGUAAAUCCCUGGAGAACGAUUUGGACAAGGCCCGCCAAUGGUUGAAGACCAAAAUCUCCGAGGUGCGCAAGCUGCCGGUUUAUCAUCCACUUACCUCCGCUGAGAUCGAGAAGAAGAUCCAGGAGAACCGUAAAUACGAUGACGAUGCCAAACAGUUCAACGACAGUGUUUUGACCGAUGUUCAGCGUCAAGCUGCCAACAUAAUGAAGGAUUGCGAUGAAGCCGAUAAGGCUGCACUGCAGCAGAUUUUGGAUGAAAUUGCCGCCGAUUACCAGACCCUGAAGGAUGAGAGCAGCAAGCGAGGAAAGUCGCUUGAUGAUCUCCUGCAGGGUCGCAAGGCCUUCGAGGAUUCGAUGAAGAACAUGGGCGAUUGGUUGAACGAAAUGGAAACCGCCACCGAGGGUGAGCUGCGUACCACUAGUCUUCCUGUCUUGGAGGAGCAGUUGGCCCACUAUAAGAAACUCCUGAAUGAUGCCGAGAACAAGGGCGGACUCAUUAACGACGUGUCUGAACAAGGAAAGAGCAUCCUACCAACUUUGAGCAAUGCCGAUAAACUGAAACUCAACGAUGAUAUUAAAAACAUGAAGGAUCGCUAUGGCAGGAUCAAGAAUACCAUCGAUGAUCGCGUGAAUGCCCUGGGUGAUCACAUCAAGAAGUACAAGGAUGCCAAGAGCAGGUUGGCCGAUUGCAGUCAGUUCUUGGGCACCAUUCAGCAGAAACUCAGGGAACUGAAUCGCCCCAUUGGCUCGAGAAUUGAAGAUGUCCAGGAUUUGUUGGGCGCCUAUGAGGGUAUACUCAAGGAACUCAAGGACAGCAAGAGCAAGAUGGGCGAUAUGCAAAUGGACGAUUUGCCAGAGCUGCAGAGCAUUCUGGCCCAGCAGGAUGAUAUGAUCAAACUGAUUGAAGAUCAGUUGGCCCAUCUGCGCCAGCUCCUCCUGCUCCGCGAACAGUUUAUUGCUUUGAUCAAUGAGAUCAUUGCCUUUAUUAUGAAGUACACCGAUGUUAUCAUUGAUAUUGAAAACUCACCUGAUAGUCUGGAGGAUAAGAUCAACAAGUACGAUGAUGUCAUUGUGAAGAUUCAGGAGUGCGAGGGUGUCCUGGCCUCGGCCAAUGACAAGGGCCAGAAGAUUGCCUCCGAGGGCAAUGCUGCCGAUAAGAACAGCAUUACCGAGCAACUGCAAUCUCUGAAGAAUCAGUUGCAGAAUCUCCGCAAGGCGGUGGAAUCGCAACGCCAGAAGCAUCAGCUGCAACUGGAAUCCCACAAGAAGAUGGCUGCCGAGCUGAGCGAAAUCCUUGAUUGGCUGCACAGCCAUGAAGGAGCUGCCAAGUCGCGUCCUCUGCUGGAUCGGGAUCCCGAAUCCGUGGAAAGGGAGCUGCAAAAGCACCAGGGACUCAGCCAGGACAUUGAAUCGUAUUUGAAUAAAUUCAACAAAAUCAAUGAUGGUGUAAAGACCGAAAUUGGUAUGCCAAGUUCCCUGUUGGAAAUGCUUUCCGAGGGCAGAUCCCUGGUUGCCUCCUUGCCCCAUGAACUCGAGGAGCGUGAGAAGUAUCUAAAGAACAACCGCGACUCACGUUUGGAGUACAUGCAGCUGGUGGCCAAGUUCAAUGAUUGGGUUCACGAAGCCGAGUUGCGUCUGCAGAACAGCCAGCAUGGCAUCGACUACGAGCACCUGGUCCAGGAUCUCGAUGAACACAAGAUCUUCUUUGGCAACGAGGCUCCCAUCCGUAAUCUGGUGCACAAGCAGAUCCAAGAGGCCGCCGACAAGAUCUGGUCUUCGCUGAACAACUACGAGCAGUCGGAACUUUCGGCGGAGUUGGCUCAGUUCCAGACCAAGUUGACCAAUACUUUGGCCAAUGCCAAGACCCAGCAGAGCGAAUUGGAGAAGGAGGCGGAGCGCUGGCGGGAAUACCAGCAGUCCAUCGAUCGGGUCAAGGCCACCAUCGAACGUACCAAGUUCAGCGAUGAGCCUGUCCAGAAUUUGGCCGGUCUGCACUUCAACAUCCAGAAGCUUUCCCACGCCAUUGGAAAUGUUCAGAGCCAGAAUAGCGACUUAACGCUAGUCAACCAGCAGGCCCAAUCGCUCAUCCGGCAGGCCGACGCCCGAAACCGCCAGCUGAUCGAGCAGGAUAACGCCGGUUUGAACAGAGCUUGGCAGGAUCUGGUCCGCGGCCUGGAGCAGCGACGCGACAACCUGCAACAGUUGGCCGAGCAUUGGGACGGCUUCGAGAACAGCCUGCACGCCUGGGAAAAGGCACUUGGUCGACUGGAGGACAAGUUCCGCAAUGUCGAUCCGACUGUAAGAUCCCGACGUCACUUGGAAGAUACGAAGAAUGCCAUUCAGGAACUGCGUGAAGAAUCAAAUCAACUUAAAUCAUCACAUAAAGAAAUCGAGGCGCUCUCUAAAUCCAUCCUCACAUUCCUUGGGGAAGUACACAAACCCUCGGCGGAGGCCAUACAGGCCAAAGUGGAUAAGUUAGUCGAACAGCAGGCCAAAUUGAACGACACUCUGCGCGAUAAGGAGCAACAGGUUAGCAAGGAUCUCGAGGAGAUCGAGCAAGUCUUCCGUCGCAUUUCGCAGCUACAGGAUAAGCUAAACGCUCUACACGAUCAACUGCAAUCGGUUCACGUCUACGACGAGCACAUCUCGCAAACAGAACAGCUCCUGAUCACAUUGAACAGCCAGGUGCAACAGGCCUCCGAGGAGAGCAAGUCACUGGUGGCCCAGACGACGGCCCACUACCAGGCCAAGCAGAAUCAGCUGCCCAACGACAUUGCCCAGGAGUUCACAGCCCUAGAGCUGCUGGCCGAGCGUGUCCAGGUGACGAUGGAGACCAAAGAGAAGGAUUUCAAGCGGGCGAAGACCGUGCGCACCGAGUAUGUGGCCGGUGUGGAUGAGAUUCAGCGCUGGCUGCUCCAGGCCGAGGUGCAGGUGCAGGAGCGCAGCCUCACGCCCACACAGAUGAAGGAGCUGCUGCAGCGCAUCAACCACGAGAUCACCGCCAUCUACGAACGCUUCACCCUGGUCAAGACCAACGGCCAGCUGAUCAUCGAGAAUUGUCGCAACAGCGAGGAGAAGACGCUGGUGCAGACGACCAUCGAUCAGUUGGCCGCAUCCCUGGCCCAGGUACGCGGCUGGCUGGACGAGAAGAAGCAGGCGGUGGGCGAUAGCCUGGAUGCAUGGACGAGGUUCAUGAACCUCUAUCAGAUCGUGAUGUCGUGGGCUUCGGAGAAGCGCACCUUCAUCGAUCAGACCAUUGAACUGCGCACCCUGCCCGAGGCGAGGAACAAACUGAACGACUAUGUGACGGCUGUGAAGAGUAUUAAACCGAUUGUGAAGCAUCUGAGCGAAAUGGACAAGGAACUGGAGCACAUUGGCCAGGUUACGACUGUGGGCGAUCUCAAGGACAAACUGCAGGAGGCCGAGGAUGCGAAGAUAUCCGUGGAAGCGGUGCUGCUAGAGAGGAACUCCCUGCUGCAAGAGGCCUGCGAGGAAUGGGACCAAUGUGAACGCAAGAUUAAGGAUAUACGCACCUGGCACGAGAAGACGAAGCAGAGUCUGGACUCCUCGCAGCAGCAGAAGAAACCGCUGCGCGAUCAGCUCGGCUUCUGUGAGAAGACCCUGGCCGACAUUAAUGUGCAGAAAACGAAACUGAGACUGUCCAUCGAGAAACUGGAGGUUCAUUUCCGCAACGGCAUGGGCGGUGAUCCCCGGCUGAGCGAGAAUGUCGAUGAUCUGGUGCGCGUGCUCGACGGCCUGGGUGAACUGGUCAAGGCCAAGUCACAGAGCCUCGAGCAGACGCUGGCCCAGAUCGAUGUUUACCAGCAGCAGAUGCAGACCCUGCGCCAGCGCAUCAUCCAGGAGGAGCAACAGCUCCGCCUGGUGAUGGCGCCCACGUACUUGCCGCACGAUCGCGAGCGCGCAUUAGCCGAGCAACAGGCAAUGCGAGAAUCUAUCGAUGGCAUGCAGCAAGUCUACGAUGCGACCGCUCGAAAGUCCUAUGUGCUGGACCCCCAUUCAGUAGUGACCACUUCAUCGACUGUCUCGUUGCUUAUGAAGCCAACGGCGGCAGUGGGUCUGACCUAUGCUGAAGUGUUGUCAGGACAUGCGAGUCCGGUAAGCGGCGGUAAUGAACCGGUAACAAAUCCCCGACCAGAAAGAGACCCCUCUACAACGACAACGACCCGGCAGCAACAAACGAACGAUACUCAGAACCAGACAACUAUCACAACUGUUACGACAACCACAACCAAGACUUCAAGACGUACGAACGGGGAUGAAGCCCAAAGCCAGGAGCGAUUCGAGUUCAAUGGCGGCGGCAGCACUGUUUCCACGUCGAUCUAUGAACGCCAACAACAGGUUACACCACCCAGCAGCGACAAUACCCCAACCUCAGUUCCUAGCACAACGACAACGACAACCAACAACCCCAACACUCAGUUCAUCGAAAGCGAGCAGAAGCACCAACCUCAGGCGAAACCCGGUAAGAAACUUCAACCUCCGCGGCCAGAACGAAGAGGUCGUUCGCCUAGACGACGACCUCAAACUCAAACGGAACCCCAAGCGCCACCACAACCCGCAAUUGAGAUUCAAUUGGAGCAGCAACCACAACAACAGGAACAACUCUUCUUGCCUAUUGACGACCGGACUAGAUCUCGUAGCCCCAUGUGGGUUCCCGGAUCGACUUCCUAUGCCGAGGUCCUGCGAGGUCUGGAACUGGAGCGCCUCAAGGCCGAACAGCUUGCCGCCCAGGCAGUUCAAGGCCGAACGGAUCUUACCAUUCAGGAUGUGGUGGAUGCCAGCGCAGCGGUAGUCUCAGGCAGUAUUUACGUACCCGAACCUGAACCAGAGUCCAUCAAGGAUGCGCAACAGCAACCACAGCUGGAACAAUACAUCAGCGAAGCGAGCACAGAGCUUGAUUAUUCUUCCCCGCAGCAACAGCAGUUGCAGCAACAGCAACCACUACUGCAACAGCAGCCGAAAUCCCUCAGCAAUUACGAAGUGCCUAUGACAGCAGAAGAGAUUGCAGCCACCUACUUGCAGCCCGAUCCGCAGUUAUACCAGACAAUGUACGAGAACGUGGCCGAUAGUGGUCAAUGGGGUUAUGUGACAGGAUCUGCCACAGAGCCGCAGCAGCAGCAGCAGACGCAACAGAACUAUUACGAGCAGAUUAUGCAGAUGCAGUAUCCCAUACAGUAUCAGCAGGUUGCUGUGCCGCCAGCGACAACGCAAUAUCAGCUUCUGACGGGUUACUAUCAGCCGGUGGCUCAGACCGAACCCUACUCCACGGUUUACCCCGCUGAUCCAAAUCAAGUCUACUACACCCAGCAAAGGACUGAUUAUACGCAGGAAUACCCACAACAGCAACAGCAGCAAACCGAACCUUUGCAGGACUACCAGCAGGAAACAGUUGAGCAGACCUAUCUUAUUGACCCCUACUCGACUACAGGCAACAGCGUGCUGGAUCGCGUUGUUACCACGUUGGCAUCUAUGGUUCAACAGAGUGCCACAGAGCCUCUGACCACCAGCACCCAGCAAAUCCAACCGGAGGUAGUCCAGAGCGAGCCGUACUACAUUGAAGAGCAUGUUCACAUGCUGCGACCUGUAGAACCACAGGAGUUUGAGCUGGACGAACCGCGACCGGAUAUUACUUUUGGUCAGUUUGAUGUUGAUGCUAUCGAAACAAUACCGUUGGAUGAGCCACAAGGUCCUCAGUCCCUGGUCGACCCUCAAGUCCACGGUCAAUCUCAACCUGAUAUUACGACAACCAGCUAUGUAACAGAGACCACAAUUGUCUCCGAACAAAUACAGCCAACUGUGAUAUUGCAGCAGACUCAGGAAGUCGUCGCAGUCCCAGAAGCCCCAAAACUUCCGGAAGUUCCAACAACGGUCACGGUCCAUCCCCAGCCUCAGAGGCGAAGCCAUAAACAGGUCCGGCCCCAGGACAUCAGUACAGGCAGCACUUACGCCGAAGUCCUUUUCGGUCUCCAGCACACAGAACAUCCAGUUUUCCAGCCAUCCAGUCAGCAACCGACCCCAGUGCGCCUUACGUCCUCGCCGCCCUUGCAGCGCAAGCCAGAACAAGCUACAAUCAGUACUACUACCUUUACUAAUAGAACCAAUCAGCAAACUAGACAUGCCGAGAAAUCUCCAACAUGGGAACGCAAGAUUGAGAAUGUCGAGUCGCGCACAUCCCGUACAAAGAGAGUAAGACACGAACCUCAACCAGAACCAUUGCCGAUUAGACAGAGUACUAGAAAAGAUGGUAAGACGGGUAAGAAAUCCCAGUCACCCGAUAGAAAUGGUGUAGCUUUGAUAGAGAGCAAACCAGUUGUUGAUGUGACGAUUCCCCAUCCGGUCUUUGAAGAGGCUUCUAAACCAGAGCCAAAGCCAAGAAAAUCAAAGAAGCAGAAGAAGCCUACCGACAGUGAGGCCAUACCAAUUGCUCAGCCGAAUGAUGACCUAGCUACCGCAAUUUUAGUGCCACCUAAAAAGGAUAGGAAACAGCCCCUACCAGCUUUGGAGAAAAACGAAACGGUGGUAGAGACAACUGUGAUAAAGAAAGUAAUUGAACCUGCUGUUGAGAUCAAUCAGCCAACGGAAACAGCUCCAGUUCCAUCAAAGAGAGAUAAGAAACAAAAACCUGUCAAGGAAAAGGAAGUACCGGUUGUUGAAGUGGCACCAGUCGCUCCAACCAGAAAGGAAAAGAAGCAAGCUAAAACGGUUGUUCAGGAGGUUGAAAACACCAAGUCCAAUGAGCCUAUCGUUGAAACGGUAGUUUUGAAGCCAGCUGUGGUUGAACAAAAAUCUGUGGACGUAAAGCAGGAAAAGAAGCAAACGAAAACUGUUGUUGAGAAGGUAGUUGAGAAGGAGAUUGUCCAAUCCGCUGAUGAAAAGCCUCUGACUCCAGCUGCACCUUCAAAGAAGGACAAGAAAAAGUCCAAGCCAGUUGUGGAGCAAGAGGUCAGCAAGAAGCCUGUUGAGCCUGUUGUUGAAAGGGAAGUUGCUCAACCAGCUGUGAUUGAGACAAAGGAUGUUAUUCCGACUAAGGAACCUCAAGGUACUACCACCUCGUUCAAAAAGGAAAACAAACAGUCCAAAAUGGUUGUGGAAACCUCUGUUACCAUCACAGAAAACGUAGAGCCAGUUGUUCAGCCAGAUGUUACUCCUGCAGUACCCACAAAGAAGGACAAAAAGCGUUCUAAGAAGGAAGCUAAACUGGAUGACGUUCAAAUUAUUUCAGUACCAGUGGAAUCUACUGCUGCGGAUACUAAGACAACAAAAGCAACAGAAACCAUUACCGUUGAGAGUCCUGUGGUAACUGAGCCUAUAAUUUCUGUACAGGAUUUAGUUGAAAUUGCCGAGCCAUCAAAAGCAAUUUCUGAAAAAAUUCCAGAACAAGAAGAACAAGUGAUUCAAUCUGAAAAUGUUUCCUCAGACUUCGUAAUUACUGCUACGGAAGCUGUUAAGAUAUCAUCAAAGGACAGUACAUCUCCUAUUGAGAUGGUCCCGGCAGAUAUUACUGAGACCAUUAUCGAAGGCGAGCCCACGGUAACUACAUCAACUAACACAAUCUCAACGGAAAGUGGAACUACAACCAUCACAACGCGAACAAUAACUAAGCACAUUACCAAGCGCAUAGUAAAGCGUAUUGUAGAUGGCAAGGAGGAGAUUGUCGAGGAAGAUGUAAUUGAUGAUUUGCCUGAAGAGAACAUCUCAGUUGAGCAAUACAACUUACCAACGAUUGAAACUACUACCAGUGAGGUGCCCAUUGAUGUGACUGCAUUCUCUACAACACAGGACACAAUAGUGCAGCAGGGAUCAAUAACUAAGACUGUUAUUACCAAGACAAAGCGAAUCCUGAAACGCAUUACCGAAGACGGUGAGGAAAUAGUUGAGGAGGUAUUUGAAGAUGAACCUGAGGUGGAACGUGAUGUAACACUACUGCCUACCACAGUGGUGACAUCAUUGGAAGUUAUAAAGGAUGCUGCCCAAAAUGUGGUUGAAGAAGUUUUAAAACAAGCUGAGGAAAUAACGCACCCCGAAUCGCAGAAAGUUACCCAGGAGAAAAAAGUUGAGGUGGAAAGAGUUUUUGCACCAGAAGUAAACACUGAGGAAGUGACUGUGAUUAAAACUGAGAAGGAGCUAAACAAUCCGCAAAAGCCUUCAAGAAAGGAUAAGAAGAAGCAAAUGAAAUUGGAGAACGAGCCAGAAACUCCCAUUGAGCAAAAGGUUGCCGAAAUUGUCGACCCACAACUAGAAAUCACAGAGCCCCUGAACAUAACAAGUGCAACAACGGAUAAUGAUCAAAAGCUUUCGUCUGAGCAAACCAUAGUCAGCGAAGAUAGCGGUCUUAUUAAGACGACAGUUACCCGUACAACCAAAAUCGUUAAGAAAAUUAGCAACAGUCAGCAGGAGAGCCAGGAGAUGAUCUCUUCGACGUAUUCCGAUGCACCCUCAUCUCUGGGGUCCUACGAUUUGGCAGAAGAAGCUAUCGAACCUCCCAAGAUAGAAAAAUCGGAGACGAAUAGCCGUGAAAUAAGCGAUGAGGGCGUAGUCAGAACAACUAAAACUACAACCACCAAAACCAUCAAAUCUCCCAAGGUAGAUGAAGCCCAAGUGGAACAAUCUUUGAAUGUUGAAUCACCAGUAGUUGUUGAUGAGCCUGAUGAGGGGGGUGUGAUAAAAACAACUAUUGUGCGUACUACCAAAAUCGUUAAGAAAAUUUCGCAAGAAUGCGAAAAUAUCAGCGAGACCAGCAGUGAAGCUGAAAUUUCCCUGCCCAUUGUCGAGACAGUCAUGCAAGACGCUCCGAUUAUAGCCGAAUCGGUUACAACCGAAUCAAACAGCGAGGGCAUAACUAAGACCACAACUACACGAACAACAAAGGCUGUGACCAAGAUUGUGAGCGAAGCUGAAGAUGAAACUUCACACCUACCGGAUGUUCCUGUGGCCCCUAUUGUCGUGGAAAGCGUAGAACUCCCAGAAGUUCCUAACGUCCCUAUUGGCGUGGAGAAUACGCUUCUGAUCACAGCUACAUCUAUUGAAGUUCCAAAGGCUAGUAAUGUAAAGUCUACAGUUGUAGACUUUAUUACGGCCGAACAGAACGCCGCUGAAAAAUAUACUAAGCCCCAAAAUAUCGUUGCUGAGUUUCCUGUUAUCGAAGAACCUAAUAAUUUGACUCCAAUUGAAGAAAUUACGGUACCUGAGCCCGAAACUUCAGAGGUUGGGGAUGUUGUCAAGACUACAAUUGUUCGAACAACGAAAAUUGUCAAGAAGGUUUCACAAAACGCGGAACAAAGUGUUGUCGCUAACCUUUCCCAUGAGGACAUCGAGAAACCAGAUCCUCUUGAGCCUGUGGACGAGGCGGCAAGUGGUGGUGUAACCAAGACAACAACUGUGCGUACUACUAAGAUUGUGAAAAAGCUAAAUGAAGAUGGUGAAACGACCACGGAGGAGACAAGCACCGCUAGUGAACCAGUGACAGUACGUGAAGCUUCGCCAACUAUUUCAGAAGUCCCAAGCGAAACUUCAACCACAUCGAGUCAAAUCGACGGUGCAAUUAUUAAAACUACGACGAUACGAACGAUGCGAAUCACAAAGAGGAUAUCCAAUGACGGACGCAUUCUUCUAACAGAGAGCGAGACACCGGGAGAUGUGAUCGUGACCUCAAGCAUUGAGAUGCCCGAUCAAAGACCAUUUAGUCCCGUCGUUUCCUCCCGUUCAACCUCCCCUUCUGUAACGCCUACUACCGAACUUAAGCUAGAUAGCCUGGGUUCAAACAUACAGUUAGGAUUGAAGGACAGCCCGACUGGGGUCAAGGUUAUUGGCAUCGAAACAAGCACUGUCGAGCUUCCGAAGCUUGGUGAACACCAAUACGCUGCAAACAAGACUAAUGGGGCCAUUAAGGAGACGGAUAGUAUUACCACUACUACGACGACUACCAAGAACACGAUACUCACGACUACACAACGACGAAGCUUCGAAACCGAAGAUGGCACAAAUGUUCUUUUCGUGGGAGAAGGCAUUGACGGUGCAUAUCCACCGGGCACAGUUCAAAAGAUUUCCCUGAUUACCCAUGAAGAGAAACUGAAGACACCUAUUGUGAAAAUGCAUCUUGAUUUUCCGGAGGUUAGUCUUCGUGUGACCGAGACUGUGACUGAAAAUAUGGAAUCCCUGCAAAGAACAGCCGAAAGUAGAGAGAAUACAGUGAUUGAAGUUGUCGAGUUGUCUAAAUCUGAAGUCCCAGAAGCAGUAGAACCCAAACCAGAUCCUAUUCCGCAUAUACCCGAAAAAUCUACCCAAUCAGAUGAACUAGUCGAUAGCCCAGAAGUGACCCAAUCAGCUUUCCCUGAAAGUAGCUCUGCAGAAUUAAGCCCCGAAGAGCAAAAGCUUUUCGAGGACAUUCAGAAAAAACUUUCCAAAAAGGAUAAAAAGAAACGUCCCGCUAUUCCAGAAGAGUUCAUAAAACAAGAAACAGUUCAGGUUAUUGUAGAGGAAAGUAAAGGUAAUGAUGCUAUUUAUGUACCCUCUGUAGUUGACGAAAUAACCAAUGCAGUUGAACCCUUAGUUAAGCAAAACGUGACUGCUCAGAAUGUUAUCCAGGACGAGUCCUUGAUCUCUAGAGUCAAAUCAAUUGAACAUACUAGGGCAGAUGUUAUUUAUCAAGAGUCCAUAGUAGAAGUUGCGCCAGUUUCCAAAACUCCUUCUAUUACAACCAAAGAAGAAAUACAGGGUGAUAUUCAGACAAGACCUAUUCCAGAACCUGAGAAAUUGCUUUGCAAUAUUUCUCAAGACUCGUCUCUAAUCUCCACCGUCAAGAAAAUCGAGCAAACCAAGUCAGACAAUAUUUACCAUGAGUCUAUAAUUGAAGUUCUCCCUGUUCCCCCUCAAGAAGAAGUGCCAGUAAAAAUUCCAUGCGAAACUCAGUCAACUCCUGCUCCUACUAAUAUUGCUAAUCCAAUUGUUCCUGCUCAACCAAGCGCAUUACUUGCUGAAGCAUUUGUGGCUAACACGGAACUAAUUACGCAAGAACUCGACGAACUGCUACAAUCGCUUUCGAGCGUCGAGGAUGGCAUCGCCAAUAUGAACCAGAGCAGCCUGGAGGGCAUGCUAGAGGGAUUGAAGCUAAUCCAAAGCAAUCUCGAAGUACAUGAAAGGGACGCCAUCGAUUUGAAGGCCCAGGCGAAGAAGUUACCCACGGACCCGGCAACCGAGCGUUUGCUCAACGAGACCGUGGAUCGCAUCGAUUUGCUACUACGCCGCACUCAGCAAGGCAUAACCAUGAUAGCGAAUGCUAUGCAUGGCCAGAAGAAGCGUCAGCAGGAGAUUGACGAGUACCAGCAACAUCUGCUGGAACUAGAGCGCUGGAUCAUCGAGGUUUCCGCGGAGCUGGCUUCCUUCGAAACCACUUCGGAUAGCAGCACGGAUGAGCAGGUGCUCAAGUCGCAGGUGGAGAGGAGCCAGCAACUGCUGCGCACCCUCAAGGAUCGCCAGCAGUCCAUGGAGGAUUUGGUGGAUCAAACGCGACACCUGCAAUCGCAACCCGAUGUGGCUCCCUUGGCCGACACGCUGAUGGAGCAGCUGCAGAGCAUCAUUACCAUUCUGCGAGAACAGGUCACAGUGGCCACUAAGCGCAUCUUUACCAUCGAGAAGCGCAUCGUGGAUUUGCGAAAGGCCAAGAGCGAGGAAGUCCAACGGCAGCGUGUGCUGGCUGAUUCACUCAUCAAGCCACCAACGGAAGUUCCAGCGGCGAGCCCAGAGGCACAUGAAUCCAUCGAGUCCAACGAGAACACCAUCGACUCCAGUUCCAUGCCGGAGGAGGAGAUCAAACCCAGUGGUGUGUAUGUGGAGACACAGACAUCGCUUAGCCUGCAGCAGCCCCCAGUUCGGGAGGUGACCACCACCACUGUGGAGGCGCAGACCAGCUUCAAGGAGCCCGCUGUGGAAACCGCUGAGGUAGCUCUCCAAACCCAAAAGGAGCGCUCCCCAACCGAGAAUAUUAUGGUUACCCAGACGGUGCAGCAUGGCCAGGAGACCAUCCAGAUCGACACCACUCGCAACAAGGAUGUGCCUGAUGUGCCCGAAGAUGUCCAGAUUGAGGCUCGCUAUCAUCAGCGACCGCAGGGCGAUGUGGAUCGUGCCACAGAGCUGAUCCUGAAAAAUGUACCUCAAGCAUUUGAGACCACUUUUGUGGAACCAGAUGAGACCACCACCGAAGUAAUUGUGGGACCCGAUGGCACUAAGCAUAUUGUGCUCAAGAAAGUCACCCGAACCCGCCAACAGAUUGUGCAGCAGCAGCAGAUCAGCUCAAUUGAGACAAUCAGCGAUUCCGACGGCAACAUUGAGGUGCAUUCCACGGGCCAGAUUAACCUGGAGAAUGUACACACCACGGACACCAAAGCUGAUCCCGAGGAGGGCAGUGUCCACACUGUAAUCACACAGCAAACACGUGGUGCAGUUGUGGAUUCAUCUCAGCCCGAGGGUGUGAUCUUGCAGGAAUUCGAAACGGAGCCCACAAUUGAGACGUACGAGGAAGUGAUUGCUCCAGGAUCCCAGGCACAACUGAUUCCCAUGCAGCCCGGCGAUGUCCAGACCCAAGGAACCAUCCGAGCAGUAGUGCAGCAGGUGACCCGCAAGGUGAUCCGUAAGACACGCAAGAUUAUCAAGCGCGUUGUGAUCAUCGACGGAAAGGAGCACAUCACCGAGGAGGUGGUCGAGGAGCCAGAGGAGAUUACCGAGGAAGAGACAGCCCCGCAUAUUAACGUGAAUAUUUUGCGAACUGUUGACGGCAAAGUGGUAAGCGAGGAGGAGUUCCAGCGUUUGAUGCAGGAACCCGGCGUUGUCAUCGAAGAAGUUGCCACGGAUCUGUGCAAGCCAACAGCAGAACCGCAGCAACAGGUAUUUGAUAUUGAGUCUAACCAAGUCACCACCACCACAAGAACAACAAUAGCAACCACACAAGAACAACAACAAGAACAAGAACAGCCAGAACAACAGACACCACAACCAACAACAACAGAAACGACUAAAGAAGCACCUGUAGAGUUGCCAGCACCUCAAGUAGAUGUUGAACAACCCGUAGAAGUUGCCACUACCAGUCCCGUUCAUGUUCCAACAGCGGAUGUAGCUGAACCCAAAGACUCCUCAGAUCCAGUCAACCAAGCAAUCCUAGAUGUCGAAACAGUGGUUGAAGAUAUCAAUGAAAUUUGGCCACUGGAACAUCAUCUCAAACCCACCAACAUAGACUUCUCUCAGCACAUCGAAGAAUUGGCAGCACCAGCAACCACAUCAGAGACUGAAGCCUCCAUGCCAGUAGAGGAGAUUUGGCCAACCAGUCCAGAAACGGGCAACUCGUUGACCCUGGAGCACUACGAAUUCGAGCCACAAUCACCUCAUGAAGAGAGCAUAAAAUCUGAAGAAGCUAAGCCUGAAGAGACUGAACCGGAAUCUGCUGUUGAGAUUAAGCCAGAGCCCAUUACCACUGGAAGUAUUACCAUAACCAAGACUACAACCACCAUCACGAGCCCUACGGAAUUACCAAAGGAAAGUAUUAUACAGGAUUUGACUGCAGAAGAAUCACAGCCUACUGAAUCCAAGACCAAGAGUGACACUCAGAGUUUCCUGGAAGCCGAGCAGACUCUCUCCGCAGCCCUAAGGGAACAAUCUUCAAAGCCGACUGAAACUUCAGUUGUUGAUGUUGUUCAAACUCAGCCUGAGGAAAUUCUGGUUGAAGAAAGGACUGUAGAGAUUUCCACCAUCAAGACUGAAGAACAACAACCAGAGCCUGUUCCAUUGGAGGAGGUUGAAUCAGUGUCUGUGGAAUCUGAACCAGUAGAGCCACAACAGAAACCAGAGGUAUUGACAGUAAUUGACACAAUCGAGAAGACUGAACAAAAGCCAGAAGAACCCUUCCUUGAAAAGCAGCCAGCUCCUGAUCAAAUCGAUCUGCGUGCCGCCACUCAACUCUUCAUCUCUGGAGAGGCUGCAGCUUCAACUGCUCCACAAAAGACCUUCCAAAUCACCGCACCCUCCCUGGAGGACAAUGGUGCUGGUGUGCUGAAGGUUGUUCUGGGCAAGGAAAGCACCACCGAAGAGGAGACCACAGUUCCGACCACCGGCAAGGUUAGCAUGACCAUCAUUGAGACUUCGGCUGCUCCCGUCGCUGACGCCAAGCGGCGUCGAAAGAGAAAGAAGAGAAGAGAUACAAAGCACGAGGAGGAGCUUGAGCAAGAACCAGAACAAGAGAUUGAGCCGGAGUCUGUGGAAGUGUUCGUCAAGGAGCCUGAGGUUGACUCAGAAGUGCCCAUUUCUCCGGAGGAUUCACCACGUGACACCGUGCGCCAUGAGUCCAUUGUUGAGAUCAGUCCCGAUAGCGAUUUGUCCAGUAUUGAAAUUGACUCGAAGGUCAAGGUGGUGGAAGAUGCAGUCGUCUCUUCGCCCUCGGAAUCACCAAGGGCGCCUCUGGUUGAAUUGGUUAUUCCCACUGAGGUUGUGGAGCUGGCAUUGGUGGAAGAUGAGGAGCAGCAGACCACACCGCGUGUUCCCUCGCCCGCUGAAAAACCCGAAGUUGAGCAGGAUAUUAAAUCCGUGCAGACUUCCCCACAGCAUCAACCCAAACUGGAUGAGACUGCAGUGCAGACGAGCUUGGAGGUUCAACCAGAUAACCAGGAGAAUGAAUCGCAAACCUUGAUUGUAGAGAUUACGGAAACUGAGGCACAAACCACUCCCCGAAGCGAAGACAAACCAGUGGCAGUCGAGAUAACCACCACCGAGAUUCAAACCGAUGUGAGUGGCCAACCAGCGGAAACUGUAGAGAUUUCAAGCCAAACUACCGUGACCACCACAAUCGAAAAGGAACUGCAGACCACUCCGAAGGAUUCGCCCCGCGCAGCAGAGCCAGGCAGCAGUGACGUGGUAGAAUCUCUGGUCCAGGAUUUGGUCAAGGAUAUGACCACCGAUCUGCCAGUGCGCACCAGCGAACAAUCCACCGUAACUGAAACCACCACCACCACAGAGACCCAUGCGCAAACCAAUACUCCGGAGCCAACGGAACAUGUUGAAUUUGUCAGACCGGAAACAGUUCAUGAAGAGACCUCAACGGUGGAAUUGGUGCAAGUCGCCGAUGGUGAGAUGCAGACAUCGCCUCGUGGAGAACAGCAGCCCGUAUCCCUGGAUGACAAUUCUCUGACCGCCACUUCGAUUUCCGUUUCGGAACCCUACGAACUGGAGGUCAAGACCACAGUGGCCAUUCCUGCUGACUCCGAUACAUCUGCGGCCGAGCCGACGGUCUAUGAAUAUACUCAGACCAUGCAGCUUCCCAAGCAGGAUAAGAAAUCCAAGAAGGACAAGAAAAAGAAGCAGAAGAAUGAGCCUCAAGUGGAGCAGCAGCUGCCAGAGGAACCGCAAAUCAGCGUGACCGUGGAAAUCGCACCGGAGUUGCUUUCAGAAUCUGGAAUUGUGGUGUCAACCAACCAGCAGAUUGAAGACGUGCCUCAUGUAACACCAGUCCUGGAAACUCCCAUAGAACCCGAAGAAGAGGGAACAUCGAAGACCCAACGGGUGCAACUUCAAAUCACCAAGACCACAGUCUAUGAUGAGUAUCCGGAUCUGCCAGUGCACAUCACCGAGCAGAACAAGGUGCUCAUCGCCUCCCAGCAGAAUAAACGCUCUGGAGCGGGACCCACAUCCUCGGCGGUGACCAUCGAAGAGGUUGCUUCACCUACAGAGGAGCUAGUGGUGCCCAUCACCCCGGGACCGGACAAUCUCAGUGGCGAGCCCAACAACAUUUGGUUUAGUGCCACCACCAGUGUGGACAAGACACCCAUUGAGCUCUCCCAGGCUUUGAUUAUGAGCGAGAGUUUGCAGCACUAUCCAGGACAACAGCAACAGAACCAGCAGCAGCCGAUCCUGAUCUCCACCAAGGAAGCCAUUGGUGAUCGCAUCAAGCAGCUUAAGCAGGCAUCGCCCCAACAAGCCACUCCGCUGAGCAAUGUGCUCCAUUUGGCCACUUUAUCUGAACAGAUUAAGGAACUGCCUACGGAGCAACGCCUCUUCGAGGUCACUGAGGGGCUCCAGGAUCUUGAUGCUGCCAUCAAGAAUGGUGACAAGACGGUGAUUCAAACCACUGUGAUCACGGUGAUUGAGAAGGUGUCAACUUGGCUAGAAACCAUCGAGUAUCGUGUGUACCUCAUCCGCCAAAACUCCAAUGAAGGACCCUCCGAGGAGAAACUGGAUAACUAUAACCAACUCAACGAAGAGCUGAGCACCAUCAAGCAGAAUGUCGGCAAAUUGGAGCGACAGCUGUCCAAGGCUGAGCCCGAGUUGCUGCAAUGCGUGGAUAGCCUCAAAGAGCACGUGGAUGCCGUGGAGCAGGUUACGCAACAGAACCAGGUGCAGGAUAGCAAUGACCUGGAAAAGUGGCACAGCUUUGAGGUACUCCUUUACAACGUGUCCUCCGUUUUGGCCCAUCUCCAGCAGAGCUACGAUCUUCUGAUCAACCAGGAGUAUCCUCUGUCCGCCAAACUCGCACAGCUGGAUGAGCUGGAGCAGCAUCAUGAAGCGGCCCAGCAGCAGCUGGCGCAGCUCUGCCAAAAUGCCCGAGCCUUCCAGCGUGACUUCCCUGGCAAAAAGAUGCCGCAGGAUGUGCACAAUGCCUUUGAGACCAGCAAGAAUAUUGGCAACAAUAUCCAGGCAGAGCGAGAACGUGUUCUCCAACUGCAAUCCCUGGCGGAGGAGUACGAGCAAACCCUCAAGGAGUUCACCAAAAUCACAGUUCUGGCCGACAAGUUGGUUGAGAGUCCCAUAGUUUCUAGUUCCCUCGAACAGCUAAACAACGAGGUGCAAAAGCAGAGGAAGUUCUUCGUGAAUCUCAGCCACUGUCGCGCCAUGUUGGAGUCCUUGGAGGAGAACAUCGAUAGUGAGACCCGUGAGAAGCACUCUGACCUGCACAAGGAGCUCUACAACAGGGCUACUAGUCUACUGGAUAAGGCCUCCGAAAGGUCUUCCAAACUGGUGCAGGCUGCAUCCCGCUGGACUGUCCUGGAGAAGGGCAUGCGAGAUGAACUUCAGUGGCUGCAGGUGGCUCAACAGAGAGUUCCCGAUCUGUCUGCCGUAACAUCCGCCGACUAUGAUCAGUAUACCACCCUCUAUCAGUCCCUAAGCAAUGAUAUCUCACAUCACUAUGUGAAGAUGACGCAGCUUUCGGGAAUAGCCAACAAAUUGCAGCUGCUGGUGCAGGCCCCCAAUCUCGUGGAGGAAACCAAUGAGGCUUUGAUAGUUCUACUCAAACUUCGUGAGGAGGUUGCCUUGUAUCUUCAUCGCCUGCUGGUCUUUAAGGAAAUCUGGGUGCAGUACGAACAGCAAACGGAUAAACUGGAGGCCUUUGUGCGCGAAGCAGAGCAGGAAUUGCGGCACAUCCAGAUCCCAUCGCAGCCCACUCAUCAGCCCAUCGAGCAUAUGCGCCAAUUCUGGGAGAUCAAGGCCCGCUUUGAGCUCCACAACAAUGUGCGAACCGAUACUGGUCUAAGUUUCGAGAAAUCCCUGCAGGUUAUCCCACUGGCCGAUGAGAUGCUCCAGCGGCAGUUCCAUGCUCAACUGGAGGAUCGCUGGCAGGCGGUGGCCCAGGCCAUCGAACUCAUCCAGCACAACAUUGUGGAGAGCCUAUCGUCGGAGGAUGUGCCAGCGGGUGAGAAACUCCAGAUGGUGGAGCGGGAGCUGCAGGAGAUCUACCUGACCAUGACCAGCAUGAAGGGUGUGAUUAAGAACGAGGAGGAACUCUGUCUGUACAUCGAACGAGUCCAAGUGCUCCGCACCCGCGUUGGAUUCAUUGGAAACGAAUUGGGACGGAUUGGACUGCAAGAGCCCGCCAUUGAGCCGGAAAAAGUGGGUGAACUAUUCGCCCUCUCGCACAAGAUCAGCACCCAGAUCGCUGAGGAGCUUGAGGGUGCCUCUGUGCUGCGCGACCAACUGCAAGCCAUCCAAGAGGGUAUCAGCAACCAGCGCAAACACCAGGCCAAGAUCUCGGUUAUUCUGGAUGAAUGUGAAGCCGCCGAGCGCCAGGGAGCAGAUGUCCUCGAAAAAGCCGUGGCCGAUUGCCAAGGCGCCGGCGAGGAGCUGGUGACCAGCUGGCAGGAGAUUAUGCGCAUCCGCCAGAUGCUUCACACCCUGCCCAUGCGUCUCAAGAUGUCUGUUUCCCCUGUAAAGCUGGAGCGAGAUAUCUCCCAGCUGCAGGACGACCACGCCUUCCUCGAGAGCAAGUGCACAAAUAUCAUGGGCAUCCUGCGGAAUCGUCUGGCCGUCUGGUUGCGCUACGAACGCCAACUGGAGCUGGUUCACGGCUCCGUCCAAGAGACCGACUUCAUGAUGGAACUCAUCCGGGUGCACGGUCAAGUGGACUACGAGCGCCUGCGCAAAGCCACGGAGCGCUUGGAGGGACUCGCUGGCGAUCUACACAACCGCGAAGAACUGAUUGAUGAGCUGAAGGGUGCGGCCAAACCUCUGAUCGAGAGCUGCGAUGUCCAGAUUGUCGAGCAGAUCGAGUCGGCGGUCCAGGAGGCGGUAGUCGCCUGGAACGAUACCAGCGAUAAUCUCCAGCAACUGCGAACCCGCUACCAAAGAGCCGUCGAGCUGUGGGACAAGUACCGCAACGCCUCUGCGGCCGUCAAGAACUCCAUUGACCAGCAAAUGGACACGGUCAAGUCCCUGGAGCAGCCCCUGGAUGCCCUGCAACAUGCCAAGGUAUGCCAAGAUAACCUGACGACCCAGAAUGACAGAAUCUUGGAACUGCGUGACAUUGUGGCCAAGAUCGCCGCCGAUGUGGGCCUGGAUGCCUCGGCCCUGAUGCAGGGUGAACUGGAUGCACUGGGUCAGAGAUUGGCGGAGUGCAAGGAUGCCAUCACCACGCUGGCAAAUGUGGCCGAAACCCAAGACAAGGAGCGCAAGGAGCUCGAUAAGGAGGUUACACUGGCCAAGGAAUACUUCAACAAUGUGCAGCAGGACCUUUCUCGUGAGGCGCCACAAAAUCCCAAAGAAAGCGAGGAGCAACUGGCCGCCUUGCGAGCCCAUCUCCAAACGCUGGCCAGAACGGAAGAGCAACUACGUCAGCUAAAGGAGCGCCAUCAGAACAACGAAGUGACACCUUCGGUGGCCGGAGCCGUUGAUGAUGAUGGCGUCCUGGAGGUUCUGGCCCUGUGGCAGAAGAUAUUCCAGGACACCUUCCAGGAAUACCAUCGCCUGUCCACGCGACUUGCCCGCAGCCAGAACAGUUCGGAGGCCCUGCGAUUGUGGAGGCAGUACCUCCAGCACGUCCAGUCCUUCCUCUCCUGCGCCAUUCCCGAGGACUACAGCAGCCUGCGGGAACAGCAGCAGUUGUGCGCCAUCCAUCAGAACCUGCUCAUCUCACAGCAGAGUGUGCUCUCCGAAACGCCACUGGAAUCGGAGCUAUCGGAGCAGUACAAGGCCCUGACCAAUCUGCACAACGAAACUCUCUCGAGGAUCAUGCAGCGAAAUGGUGAGCUGGAGCGGCGUGUGAGUGGCUGGAAUGCCUAUCGCCAGCAGCUGGCUGCUCUCUUGGAUUGGCUGCGUCAACGGGAGGCAGAGCGUAAUGCCCUGCAGUUGCGAUACAUUCACCUGAAGCGAGUGCCGCAUCUGAAGCACCGCCUGGAUGCGAUGAUCCAGCAGCUGGACCAGGGAGAACAGCAGAGCAAGGCCUUGCAGGAGCAGCAGCAGGAGCUGGCCCGGCAUUGUGAUGAUGCCCUGGCCACCGCCAUGCGCAUGGAGCAGGCCAGCAUUGGCCAGAGGAUUAAUAACCUCCGUGCAGCCCUCAAGACUUGGCAAGGAUUCCUGCAGCGCGUUACCCAGUUAUCAGAGACUUACGAACAGCGUGUGCACCAGUUGCAGCAGGAAUUCGAAGCAGCUCAAAAGCUCCUGGAUGACAAUCCAAGUGAAUCCCUACCCACUCAGCCCGCCGCCAUUGAACAACUUUUGGGCGCCCUGCGUGCACAGAGAGUGCAACUGGGUGCCCAAGUUCCCGCCCUGGAGAGCCUGACGGUGACCCAGGAGGAGCUUAAGGAGUGCAUCAGUCCGCACGACAUGAAGACCAUUCGCCAAAGGAACUGGUUGCUCUGGCAGCAGCAUGCCGAUCUGGACUACCAGCUGGCCAAUUUGAUCAACUCUAUCGAGGAGCGUCUAUCCCUGCUGUCUAACUAUCAAAUCCGCUACGAUCGCAUCUCCCAGUGGCUACAGCGCUUGGAGCAGCGUGUAGAAAAGGAUGCAGAUGUCACUGCCAUGACCAAUCCCGAACAGGCAGCCAAGCAGCUGGAGCAGCAAAUAAACUCCGAGCUGCAGCUGAGGGACAAGGAAAGGGAGUGGCUACUGUCCACCAGCAGGGAACUGCUCACCCUGUACUCCGAGCCAGAAGUUCGAUCCCAGGUGCAACAGCAGAGCGAUUCCCUCAUCGAUCGCUGGCAGCGUCUCAAGUACCUGUGCAAGCAAAAGGCCACCAAGAUUGGUGAGCUCAAGAUGACCCUUCUCCGCUUGGAGGAGCGAAUCGCCCUGAUCCGUGCCUGGCUCUUCGAAGUGGAAUCUCAACUGGACAAGCCGCUGAACUUCGAGAGCUACACCCCGAAUGUAAUCGAGGCCAAGCUGAAGGAGCACGAGCAGAUCCAACGGUCAAUCGAGCACCACAGCAGCAAUGUGGGUGAGGUUCUGAAUCUCGUAGAGAUGCUUCUCAACGAUGCCGACAGCUGGCGAACGCAGGUAAACACCUCCGGACUGGCUGCCUCGGCUCAGAAUCUGGAGCAGCGCUGGAAGAAUGUGUGCAGUCAGUCGGCGGAGCGAAAGGCCCGCAUCCUGACCAUUUGGAAUCUACUCCAGCAGCUCAUCAAGCUGACUGCCGAGCAUAAGAAUUGGCUAGGCAAACAGGAAAGUCAAAUAGCCGGCUAUGAAAGGGAUCAAAAGUCCCACAGCAAGCAUAAGCUAGAGGAGCGGCAGAAGGAACUCCGUGCCAAGCUGGAGGAGCUAGAAAGCCAGUCGGUGAACCUGCGCCAGCUGGAGCAGAUCUAUGCCAAAUUGACUAUGAGUGCUGGCGUCGAGCCGGAGAACAUACAGAAGCUAACGCUGCCCACCAAGGUGAUGAUAAGCAUGUGGCGCCAGUUGACGCCACGCUGUCAUGCCCUGCUGGAUGCCAUCGACAAGGAUGCGAAGCUCAUGAGGGAGUUCAACAAUGCCCAACUGGAGGCCACCAACUCCCUGAAUGCCAUACAAAAGGCCCUGGAACAACUACCCAGUGUGGAGGAUCAGCAGACCUCCAAGGCGGAGCCAAAGGCGGUGCUCCAGCGGUUGGAUAGUCUGGAGAAGAAGUUGCAGGAUGCCCAGCAACAUGUCCAGCAGGCGGAUAACCUGGCCCAGGAGGCCAAGACCAGGACCAAGCAGCAGCCACAACUGAAACAACUGCUGGAACUGGUGUCCGCCUAUACCACCCUUUGGCAAACGGUGCAAACCCGCAUUGUGACCCUCAAGACCAGUUGGGUGACCCGGGCAGCUCAGGCAGCCGCCGCCGCUGUCCCAGUUAACGAAGCCGCCAACGCCGCCGUUCAGGUCAACACCCUGUCCCAGAGGAAACUCCGCCAGGCCCAGCAGAUGCAAAGGGAAACCUCCAUCACCGCCAAGGAUGCCUAUAUCAUGGAACUGCAGACCGCCAUCACAGAGUGUCAAAACAAUCUGGAUGAGCUGCAGCGCACGGUGGUGGACAAGACCCGCAAGCCGGGACCCCAGAAAAUCGCCAAGCUUCUGGGCAAUGCCCAAUCCUCUACCGAGCUGGUUAAGCAUCUCAGCCAGCUGCUGCUCACCGAGUGCCAGGCGGACAACCAGGCUGCCCAGGUGGAAGCCGUGGCAGAGCUCACGUUGCGCUUCGAUACACUGCAGUCGCAGUGGAAGGCGCGACAGCAGCACGAUCAAAAUGCAAGGUGCCACCUACCUGCAUCCUACAAGUACAACUGCAUACACGAGGUCGGCCGGCUAACGUGUCCGCUCUGCACACAGCGAAACUGGCAGCAGAUCGACAACGAUCUGUGGCGCUUGGAGCAGUGGCUCCAGUUCGCCGAGAGCACCCAGAAGGCCCAGUCAGCUCCGCCCUCGAAUAUCGAGCUGCUGGAGGAUGUCACCCAGGAUCACCGAGAGUUCCUCCUGGAUUUGGAGAGUCACAAGUCCAUCAUAUCGUCCCUGAAUGUGGUCGGUGACCAUUUGGCCACGCACACUCUGGACACCGAAAAGGCCAGACAACUGCGAUCUCGUCUGGAGGCGGAUAAUGAGCGCUGGAACAAUGUGUGCAUCAAUGCCACCAAAUGGCAGGGUCUCCUCCAGACCGCCCUGAUGGGCAACAGUGAGUUCCAUCAGACCAUCGAUGAGCUGGUGAAUUGGCUGCAGAGCACGGAGCAGAACAUCAAGGCGUCCGAGCCCGUCGAUCUUACCGAGGAGCGCUCCGUGCUGGAGGCCAAGUUCAAGAAGUUCAAGGAUCUGCGAGCCGAACUGGAAAGAUGCGAACCCCGAGUGGUGAGCCUGCAGGAUGCCGCCGAUCAGCUUCUGCGCUCCGUUGAGGGCUCCGAGGAGCAGUCCCAACACACCUACGAGAGAACCCUUUCCAGAUUGACCGAUCUCCGACUGCGUCUCCAAUCCCUGCGUCGUCUAUCCGGAAUCUAUAUCGUAAAACUGGGUGCCGUCCUGGGUUACGAAGGCGAUAAUCUUGGCGUGCCAUUGCACAUGUUGUCGAGUGAGCUUUUGGAUAAUACUACAUUAUCAACCUCUUCUAUGCAGGCCGCCGCACCAAACACAGAAAAUGCAAACAACACCGAUGGCGAUGCUGUCGAUGGCGAUGUCAUCAAUACCACGGUUCUGGCGCGCGGUGCUCGGUUCCUAGGCCGCGUUGCACGUGCCUCCCUGCCCAUUCAGGCGCUCAUGCUGCUGCUUUUAGGUGUGGCCACUCUGGUGCCCCACGGUGAGGACUACACCUGCAUGUUCUCCAACACCUUCGCCCGCAGCCUGGAGCCCAUGUUGUCGUACCCCCACGGACCACCGCCCACGUAAAGCUGUCGAGUUGCAAUUGGAUUAGUGCAAUGAAACCAUGAACAAGAACAAAAAACCAAAACCCCCUGAACCCUAACCAUAGAACUGUUUAAAUCAGUCCCCAAAACAUAUAAGAAGAUGCCUUUUGUAAGCUAAAUUCCUGUAAGAAAAUUCAAGAAAAAAUAUUUGCAUUGAGUAUUGAAAUGGAAGAGUUGUAAAUUUGUGCAGUUUAUCACAUUUUGUAAUUGUAUGUAAUUUUGUAGAGAUUCAAUAGCUAGAGGCAUUAAUAAAACAACCAAUUUGUAUAUAACCUACUGAACAGACUCGACAAGCCGAACACAUGAAACACAUGAAAGAAAGAGAAUAAACUAACUAUUCAAGCUAACGACAAGUAACGAAACAAAACUUUUGUAAAACGAUAUAUACAUUAUACAUAUAUAUUUGCACAGCAAACAAUUUAUAUAUUCAUAUAUAAUCCCAAGAUAUAUGAUCCCAAGAAAUCUACAGAGAACCCAAACAUUUUGUAUAUAAAAAUAACUAAGCUAAAACGAAAAUCAAAAUACGCACACGAAAAUUUUACUCAUCACCGCACGUUUUCCCAUAAGAGAGAUCUAUGGCAGCACGGAAUUGUGAUUGGGUGUCCUGCAGACUUCGUGGAACAUUUCUGCAGGAACCAAGCCCAAGUCCUUGCUGCCAUCGAUGGGCUAGAGAAGUCGACGAAUCCCAAGACAAAUCAUGACCCACAUAGACCAAUCGCCUGGAGAACUACUUGGUUACCAAGGCACCUAGUUCGCUGCUCGUCUUUCUCCCAAAUUCAAGGCGUUGCAGUGCACAAGAUGCAUUGGCUACCUUUUAGACUCUGGCCCCUAAAGUCCCCUUGCCAAAGGAUAACUCUACCCAAGGCCAAGCUCUCUCCCACGGCCAAGGGUUAGGAAGAAGAACCUGCAGUGCGCCAGCCACAGGACACUGUGUUCACCUCUGAUCCUUAAACUCCAACCCGGCAACAGGGGACUAGACAUUUCAAAGCAUUCCUGAUACUCAUUUCCAAAUUACCCAUAGACAUUGACCAUCCUAGCCUGCUCUCACCCAAAAAAAAUGGAAAACGUGCGUGCCACGAGCAUUGAACAAAACGAAGCAAGUGUCCUAUGCCGGUGCUAAACCAACCAACAAAUUUUCUAUGUAAAGAAAAAAUGUAAAAUGCGUAUACAAAAAAUGAAAUUAAAUUCAUAAAACAAAAGAUUAACUCUUUGAAAAAAAAUCGUAAAAAUGCAAUUUGCAAAUAGACAAGCGACGUAAGUCCAUCCAGUAAUAAAUUACCUAUUUUGUUGUUAAUAUUUUUUGAUAAACCUAAUUCUAUUUGCCUUAUACUUACCCAACUUGUUUAUUACAACUAUUUUUUAUUAUUUAAAGCUUGAGCAAUUAUUGAGAAAAUACAUACAUUUAUUUAUUAGACCUAUACGAUUUAUUACGUAUUAAAUUAAGUAUGAUUUAAAUGUUAAAUUUGUGUACUUUGCUGCUUCUAUCUGGUUAUAAAAUAAUGAGCCGUUAUCAAGUUAAUAUAAUUUAUGUAGCAUUUUAAGAUUUCCUUUCUUGUGAACAACUGUACCUUUAUAUGCAUUAUGAUUAUUAAACAAAAAAA